AUGAAGACUGGAGUGACCAUCUAUGCAGUCAACCGGAUCACCGCUGUCAAAGCCAAGGGAAAACCUCGCAAGUCUCAGGGGUUCCUGACUCGGAACGCCAAUCUCCAACCCUUUCCAAUAUGUCUGCCCUGUCAAGGGACAUCCGGCGCGCGGAUCGGCCUCGUCAGACAUCUCCAGACCCAAUGCACCAACAUCCGACAGUCUCAGCUGCUUCCUCCUCGACUACCCCUUCUCCAACCCCCACGACGUCCACUACGACGACCGCCGUUGAUCACCGCCAUUUUAAUCAUCAUUGCCGCAACCUCUGGGGCGGCGACGACUACCACCACAGUUCCAAUUCACGCCACCGACCAAAACGCUUCCGACGACCCAUCAACCAUCACCAGAAGCGAAGUGGACUCGGUCGCAACCUGUCCUCAUUGCGAUCUCACAACUGCCUUAUACAUCGGGCUGGCCAGCUAUUUGCGAAUGUAUCCCACAGACACUGGCACAGCAAUGCAUGGAGCACCAACAUACACCGGACUCCGUCACCUCAACUUUCCGGAUUGUUCUCACACAUUCGGCCACUGCAUAGACCUAUUUGAUCACAUGCGCAUUCAUGAAAACCUGCGGUAAAUCACCGGAGACAUGAACCACAUCAUCACACACCCCCACAUAAAAACAUACAUCAUGAAUAAUGAGAACCUGCAACAUCCCACCCCACCGGCACCUCUCACGCAAGUGGGAUGCAUGCUCUCUGGCCGCUCUGCUGCAUGGGAGAUCCGAGCGAUUCACGCCCUUGGGUGUGGAAUCCUGGUGUGUUCUUAGGGGAAGGGGGGGGGGGGGCAGACCGUAUAUGUGGCAAGCGUAAACAGGCUGUCGGUAGUUCCGUCAGCCUUAUUUCCUAAUCUUAACACCAGUUAGUUGACUGGCCCGGAAAGUCCACUGGGACAUGGGAUAGAGUAUAGUGAAUGAAGUAGACGGUCUCGGCGCAUAAUUCUUCACUAUAAACAGUCUGACGCGCUUGAGACUAUCACGGUGCGUUAAAAGUCGUGGCUUAAGAGGUUUCCAGCUGACGCCUCAACUCAAACCAUAUAGUCAGCCCAGCUGUGUGUUUUUGUGUGUUGAGUGGCUGACUGGUGGACUGAGAGUUAGGCUACAAGGGCUCCUCCUCUACGGCACUCCCACCCCGUGGGAUCCGUGCCGCCCCCUUUCUUGUUGUAUGGACCAGGGGUUGUGACGUUGAGCGCCAAGAUGCGGACUCGGCCGCGCCUUCUCCCCAGCCCCCCGGUCUUCUUGACUCUGCUUCUACACCGGGUCGAGACGAGGGAGGAAGAGAGGAGUGCGGUAGAUGCAGCACAAGUCUACUAUCACUUUAAACCAACUCACACGCAAGUCACCGUCCCUGCCCUCACCCUGCUGUGGGGCAUACGGUGGACAUCGUCGGUCACGAGAGUCGAACUCUUGUGUGCGUGAUCAGGUGGCGCGCAAAAAUGACCGAGAAUGACUAGCAACAGUAGGCCGGCGCUCGCGAAGUUUACCUUGGCAUACACGCAGCUUACUCGCGCACGUGCACUACGACGACCUAUAGCAACUCGGGUUAGUCAGAGAUGGAAGUGCAGUUGUUACAUAUCAAAGGUGCUAGUAGAAGUUAGGUAGUGUGGGGGGGGGAGGGAGGGCUACACGGUACAGUUAGGUGCGAGGGCAUAUGGGCAAUGAGGAGGCGACUACAAGUACUGACCUACUAAUGGAAAUUUCAGAGAAUACAGACCUGGCUGGACAAAUUUUGCUGAGGCUGGAGGACGAGAGAGAGAGAGAGAGAGAGAGAGAGAGAGAGAGAGAGAGAGAGAGAGAGAGAGAGAGAGAGAGAGGAGUUAACGGUCUAAAAAGUAGUUCCCCAGAGUAACCCGAGUUUUAGUAGUUCCAAUUUUGCUGUGACUCAGUACUUAUGCCUAGUCAGCGAAGAGAAAGGUAAGUGGUUCCUCGUGCUAUUCUGAUUUGCAGCACACAGUACGUUUCGAUACCUUCCCUAGCAAGGUGGUCCGUCUACAAAUCAAUUUUGUCCUCACUACCUCAGGUCUGAAACGCCCCCAACUAAACAUUCGAGUCACAGGGCGGGUGACCACCCAGUUAGACUGAUUCGGAGACGCGGUACGCGUGUUCCGUUUUGCGCCUGAACACCGAUCGAUAGUCUUUGCAGACGAUAGCAUAAUCGUGGGAGAGCAGGACCUUGCGCCCUACUGUUGGAAUAUGACUGGCUGACUACAGCCAAUGGGCGUUCAAGCGAAGCUGGUCUUCGGAGCCGCCUCCGCAAUGGAGCUUCCGUUUAUAAGCCAAAACGGAAAAGUGGGAAAAGUGACAUAGUGGAGAGGGCAGGCAUGAAUUACCCUCCGGACUAGAAGAGUAGUCAUGCGUGGGAAAAAAUAAGAUAGGUCACAUUUGCUGGACUGAAGAGCGUGUAUAACUGCACAUGUAACUAUUGAAAAUGAAACAGGCAUCCAUCGAUGGCCUAUUGAAAAGGGGGGAAAAUAAGGAGACAGCGCAACAAGAACGGAACGAAGUCUGACCUCUUCUAAUGAGUGUCGACGGAAACUAGUAGAGCGGCAUUCCGACCGUCACUAACUGUGGCGGCCUCCGCGUGCUCCACUGCAGGGUAGGCGCAGGGGCGGUGACUUGCGCGUAAACUUGUUUAUGGUGACAGUAGGCUUUCUCAGCGACUGAAGAACCCCCCUUCACCCUCCUGGGCCCGGUAUCAAGACAGAGUCAAAAAGACCGGAGACGGGAUCGGACGCACUGGCUGGCAAAGCUAGACGGCCCGUCUGCGCGUAUCACACACGGGCUUGGUCCAUGCCCAAAGGACCAGAGUUUCACAGAAACCAGUGGGCUGGGAUCCCACCUGAGUGGGAAUGUCACGGAGGCUACAUUGAUACUGAGCCAUUGCAGUCAGACAUUCCGUCCUGAGAGGAGGAAUGAGUCAUUCCGCCAGUUUGCAGCCCUCCCAGCCACGGCUUUUAGCGCAGCGUGAUGGUCUAGAAGCGCGUUAGAUUGUUUAUGGUGAGGAAUGUGCGUUGAAUACCAUGAGGACGAAGGCCCCAAAGUCAGCCUCACUCUCUCUCUCUCUCUCUGCCCUCGCCCAGGCACCAGUCCGCUGUUCGAGCCAGUCAGUCAUCUGAUGUGGGAAUUGGAUGGAGGCGGUUGGCGCGACGUGAUCCUGCGACUAGGCGUGUCGUCACACCCCAUGUGUGGUAUUUGUUGCCGGCCCGCACUUCAAAUAACGCCUGCUAUCCGCCGAUCUUUCUCCUGCUUUGGAACAGAGUUGUCAAUUGUAGUAGGUACAACUAGUAAAGCACAAUAGGUAGUUAAACGCACAAAAGGCGGUACGGGAGAGCAAUGCGUCCGGAGGUAAUCGAGGACCAGAUUACUUUAUGCGCAUAAUGUCAUCCACGUAAACGAUUUUUGCAGCUCUGAAGGCAAUUCGGUCAAUUUUAUCAAAGGAAAAUUGUGUAUUUAUAAUUCCGUAUAUACGAGGGAUAGAGGGAGAGCCUUGGAAAACCUUAUUUACAGAUAGACGUUUGAAAAAAACGUGCAGAUCGUUGCAUAGCAGUUAUGCCAGCCAUUGAUAUCAUGUAAGUGUUUGACCAUCAAGCAUAAGGUUCCCACUAAGAACAAUGUUUCGUCAUUUUUAUUCCCGAUUUGAAAAGCCAAUAAACUUAUUUGGACAGCUUAUGCUGUGGGACAGUGAGCAUUAAUUUACGUAGAUCGGGUAUGCGCACCCUACCACAACACACCUUAGCAUAGCAUUAUCCGUCCUUGUGAGUUGGGCGUGAAAACGGUAGGCACGAUUAUCGAUCGGUUGUUUUAAUAUCCCCAUCCGCAAGGGUUCAAGACCAGAGUGCUAGGCAAGAUAGAAUACCCCAUUCCUUCCCGCAACAGCAUUUUUUAAAAGUGAUGAACGAUGAAUUUUUGAAUGGCCUCUGCGGGUUUAUUUAGGUAUCAGCUAAGGAAAUUUUGGCUGAGUGAAAGCGGCGUCAUGUAGAAGUCGUUUUAGAGACAACAGGUGUUAGACAACUCUUGAUAGUUGCUUAAGGGUGCGCUGAUUGCAGAUUUUCCUUCUAGAAGCCUGGUUACUUCUGCAUUGAGGUUGACUCUUUAGAUAAGCCAGCGAAUGGGCUAUAGGGUGAAACGUUAUCUCCAUGCGGAGAGCGUCUCGUAUUCAGUUAGAUUUCGACCAGCGAGAUCCGGAAUUGUCCGUAGGGGCUUUGGUGACUUGUUGCGAGUAUUUUUCUAGUGAAGCAGACUCCCGACGCAUCUACCUCUCUUUACCUCUCUUAUGCACAUCGUAUUCCACAAGGCCAAAAUGACAGGAAAUGGACGUGGGGACAGUGUUUGAUAAGACCAAAUAGCUCCUUCGCGCCUGCCACACGCGAUCUGAUCCUUCACUCUGCACGAUCCGGGUUCCAAUCGGAGAGUCCUUGAUCUCACAUAAGUGAAAGUGGCAUGCAGGGUGUUUCGGCAUUGGCACGUACGAGACUAGCAAGGGAUUUACGCAGCCCCUGCACAGUCUGACUAAUGCAUACCACAAGCCACCGUGCCUCAUAUCUUAGCCUAACGCAACAGCGACGCAGCCUUUGUGGAGGGGGGGGGGGGUGAUUUGGCAAUAAAAGGCGGCCAUCACAAACAGUAGAGUAUUUAUGGUUUUUUUCAAGGUCACAUCCAAAUGCAAGGACCCCCAACGUCGUUGGAAGGAUACAGAAUCACACAGGGUGUAGCUCUAAUUCAUAAACAAAAGUGGUGCUAGCAGUACAUACUAGCUUUCGACUCCUGCACCGUGACUCACUCUUUGUGCACGAGGUUCACAACAACUUGCGUUCCUGCGAGUUUUUCAGUGGUUCAUUCAAUUGAAGAUAGUCUCGUUCCUGUCAAAGGGGACUAGAACAAUUCAAGCAAGGUUUUUCUUAUCGAUAAAAACGCUCUUGUGCUGUUGAUAUCGCCAGAAAGAGCUCGACGCAUGACGACAUCACUUAAUACGUGAUUUAUAGACGCAGUAUUGCAAUUAAGGCAUAUGGAUGCUGCACAAAAAGUUUGAGUCAGGAUUUGGUAGCACUAUCAGAGUUUAGUUGAUUUACGAAUUUUCAGUUUUAAAGGAUUUACUUAGUAGAGAAUAGAGGUUAUGCAUCAUGCCACUCGUAGCAUGCCGCAUGCAUUUUGUCGGAUAAAGUUGACGAGAACGGGAAUUCGGGGCAAAAAACAAAUUUAAUCCUCACUAGGGCUAUUUAUGUGGGUGCAGGUAGACAGAGCGGAAAAUUUCCGAGUCCUAAAACAUUUAUUGUCAUUUUUGGGGACUCACAGGGGCGAAAUGCAUAAAUCCUGGUGGUAGAUUUCGCAACGAUAUCGACCCAUUCCGUAAAACAUACAGGAAAAACGCACAGGGGAGGGACGUUUCACUGCCCUGGUUUUCGGCUAAAACACUCUGGCCUGGUUUUCCCAUGGAACGCCGUGCGACGCCACUGCAACGUGACCUGGGGUAUUCCAGAUAGCAUAUUGUAGGAUGUUCCCGUGUAGCUCAUUUAUUAGAACACUGAAUCUGAAAAUUUGUCGUCCAAAUAACCCGACUCAAAUCCUCGACUGUCCACCGGGGUCAGGGAUGGUCAUUCCGGUCUCACUCAUCUUCCCUCGGAGAAAGAUCGUGAGCAGGAAAUGAAUACAGGACGAUUAUUUACAAAGUUCUGACCGUCAGCAUCGGAGGUCUGCUCAAGUCCUAAUCGCGGCCUCCUUCUCAUACAUCUGACAGCCAUCAGGGCGCCGCCAGUCGUCCACAAAGGUCAUCCGCUCUCACGCAAAUAAACCUGCGGCUACUGACGUUACUGUCUCUCCAAUUAUCUUUGCUGGUAUCGAAGAAGACUCCUGGGGGUUCACCAGGAGACAAGACCCUUGAACUCGCCUCCUCAACCUUCUGGAAGGAGCCGAUUGCCCAGACUCUCUCGACUAGACAAUAUCUGAUUCGAGAGAAAGAGAGAGAGCCCGUAAGGCACAACGGAACGAGUGAGUUCCGUAAGAACGAUCGGUGAGCGCCCCCUACCACUGUAUAUUCCCGAUCGAAAACCGACAGAGCAACGGGCUCGUGGUCCAGUGGUAAGAGGCGUGGACUUCUAACUAACAGGUCGCGAGUUCGAGCCCCGACUGUUCCACACUUCGGGGUUGGGUAUGACUGACUGAUGACAGCUAAUAAGCCAGAAAUGGCCAUUUGGGUCUCCCUUGUCUUUGUCGGUAAUAACAUACUGCGUAGAUCUGAUUCUGUCAGUACACGGCGUGGACACUGGCCAGCGACCACUGCUGCCCGAGAAAGAAGUUCAAGGGGUUACCUCCCUCCCCUUCUAGCCUUUCCACCUUCUCCUGUUGACUGGAACCUGACUUGAAGAUUUUGGUGGAUGCAGUACGUCCGCUAUCUUAACUGCUAUACCCAUAAGCAGUAAACAAGGAGAAAUUUGUUUCUUAAUGACUGUGAAAGGUCGGUUCGACCGUCGCGAACGGCGAUGUCAAUCUUCUGCCUCACAGCAAGGUGGGAGUAGGGCGGCGACUUGCACAGCACCUUUCGCGCACUCUCCUCCCCCACCUUCAUGGGCCCGACGGCAAGACCGAGCCAGGACGAACGGAGGCGGGAUUGAGCGCAUUUUCUGUGCGUGUCACACGCGCCUAGUCUCCGCGAUGCACACCUAAUCAUGCCCUCCCCUAUCCCCCCCCGGCGCAGCAUCUGCAUACCCACUUAUCUUCUUUUGUAGAACUGAAGAAGCUCGAACUAGUGAGCUCUACCUGACUACUUCCCACUACGAAACAAUGUUAAUCUAUGUGGAGUAAACAGGUCCUGCGCCGAAGUUUGCGUCAGUAAAUGACCAGAACAAUGACCGAACGGUGUUCACAAAGUGCAGGCAUAAGCAUCCCCAAGAAUGUCAGUACCGCGUUAACACAUGAGCUGCUGUGAGUACGCCCAUGUUUCAGAGAGGGUUUUAGGUCAGUGCUAGAGGUUGUCACCGUCGCUACCUCAAGCAGGCUUCGGAGACACUCAUAGAAACAUACAAUGUUUAAAUUCAAAUAGUCUAUUGGGUAUAUGACUAGGAACAAUGUUUAUCACAAAAAACUAUAAAACUAGAUUUGGCUCAUAAACAACGCAUGGACGAUGUUUCUAACGCGGAAGUAGCUGCCACAGCCGAUGGUGGACAAGUCAUGAAAGCUGGGUAAGAUGUGGUUAUGUAGCCCCACCUGGUGGACACAAUACUGUUGGUUUUGAUACUAGGGGUUAGGGGUUACCGUUAGAGAUUAGGGUUAGGGGUUAGAGUUGGGUGUUAGGGUUAGGUGUUAGGGCAACUAUUUCUCAACCCUCAAAGUGCAACCGCAAAUUCGCAAUAGCUUUUCUUUUGCAUACAACCAUUUGACCUCAUCGCCUGUGCAUUCCCCGGUCCCACCUGUAAAAAACCCUAUUACCACCGGUCUUACGUCACAGGUGAUUGGGGUGUGUUAACUUCAGGUGGGGCUACAUAACCACAUCUGACCGAAAGCUGUACCAAGGAGGUUUGAUGAAGUAAUUGCAAAAGAUGGAGGCUAGUGUGAAAGCGACUGUUUUGUAGUCUCUUAGCGCUAUCCUUUUCAAAUGUCUCUUAACCAUGAAAUACGGAAUUUAAUCUAAAUUACACAAGGAAAGCUUAUUUCAAUGUAUGUGUUCCAAAGAUGUUCCACAGUUCUGUUUACAGAGUAACACCCUCUCCAAACAGACCUCGGGAACGCGGCGCCAAGUGUCUGCAGUAAGUAGCUGCGCCCACAGAACGGUAGUCCGCUUCAGUUGCAUCGCUGAUUUGAAUCUCCCCUUGUAAACUCUGCAUUUCAGGUAGCCCAGAGGAUGGAGUCAAGGGGGGUAGGGUCGCGGGCCAAGGUGACCACUCAGUGGGCCCUGCUCGACCAAUCCAUCGGCCGCCGGGGACCUCGCUGAGGGUGAUCGUACACAACACCGGCAUAACGGACAGCGAUCCCGUCCUAAUGGAUCCACACGGGCCAAAACUAACACAGGAACCGCAUGUUGUUGUAACAGUCUACGAUAGGACGCCUUAGAAUGGAGAUGAGUUUGCCAAUUCUGAUAGCGGUCUCCCCCAAAAGAUAUCCUAACUAAAGUGUUAUGGGAUCCUUGUUCUUCCUGUAACACAAAACGAACCCAGGACCUUCAGUCAAUUCUGCAUUUGACUUUAGACAAGUUGGAGGGAGAUGAAGGGGUUUCUUGACCUUUCCGCUCAGGCAGAAUAUGGAUUUGUGGGUGAAGAGGUUCCCUUACCGGUCUUACAGGCAGAAAUUACAAACAGACUUCCUCUCAUCGGUCCGCACAAUUCAGCCGAUGAUCCCAGAGUCGAGCGAGGCGGCAUGACCAAAAACGCGUUUUCUUCAGUAUUCUGGGGGUGUGGCAUUCGUGGAGGCGAUUGGAGAUAUCGACUAAAGGUCGUCUUAACACAUCAGAGGGGUUUGGGAACGGGGGAGGGGGGGAGAGGGGGGAGAGGGUAAUUGGAGGCAGUGAACUGUGCUGCGAGUGACUGGUUUUCCGCCCAACAGCCCGGAAACUGAACAUUCGUGUGACUUCAGCAGUUUCUACCACAGUCCAUGUUGUAGAGAAGCUCUACUCUUGGCAUUGGUUACUUUUGUCGCCUCUGCUGUGUACUGUUGGGCCUAUCAGCGGCUGACAUCAGACUGAGUGCAUUGCCUUGGGGAUGAAAGCCGUCUCUUAUCGAUCCACUUUGCAACGAUGCCGUAGCCCAUCUGAGCCGGCUUACAGUCUAGUUAAUGGACAGGGGGGAACACGAGGGAGGGGGGGGGGCUUGUGCGUGCAUCCAGCUCACGGCACAUACUGCAGGUUAAUUUUGGCGAUUCAAGAGUUGGCACCGCAAGCAUCCGCAUGGGGUGGACAUGAAACAACGAAGGGGGUGAGCUCGUCCUUCCACCUUCCAGCAGAAAAAUGACUCCAAAAGAGUAGGGGGUGUUGCAACUGGAGAUGGACAUCUCGCAUUGCGCCGCACCAUAAAGCAGAACUUAUAAAAGCAUUUAAAAUGGCAUUUAAAAGAAACUGUUUCCGUAACCUCUUCGAGCUCGAGAAUUCAAUCCCUUUGAACUCCUCUGGGUUAAGCCACAGACACUUUCUUCUUCAUUCCACUGCGUCGAAGCCUUCUUGCCAUCGUGGAAAGCGCCUGUUUCAGGCGAUGAUUAACAAGUCCAUGAAGGUAGUUAGAAAUAUUAUCAGGAAAGAGCGUGAAAUAUUAAAAAACGGCGAGGUUUGGUUCUGCAGCCUCACUUGAUUGAUACCAUAUGGUUGGCUUACUAAAACAAUUUUACUUAACGUACCUAACUUGGCCACUCGCUGGAUUAGGAAGGGAAAGAGACUACGGGCAAAUCUCCAAGCGAGCAUAAGGGAAGCGAGUAAAGGUGACGUGUACACACUCCACCUCACCGACACAGCCACUCGUUGACUUAAGGGGGUAAAGAGGGCGCAAUCCCAACUGGAAGGUCACAGAGGGUACUGCGUGGUAAUUCUUAGUGCACGGCCACUGUAGUGGGACCGACGGGGUUCCACACCAUCCGAACAAUUCAGUUACCACUUGCUGGACUAAGAAAAUAAAGAGGGUGCAAGCAGGACUCGAAGCACGGGCAGGGAAGCACGUGUGAAUUUAUAACUGAAGCAACCGAGGCUGACGUAUAAGCACUUCUGUCCCCAUGGCACAGUCACUCGCCGGAUUAAAAUAGUAAAGAAGGCGCAAACACGUGAUAUAUGUAAAGCCAACGUAGUCGCACCUACUAAAAUUAUUUUAGGAAGCUAACCAUAUGAUAUCACUCAAGUGUGGCUUCAGGACCAAACCUCGCCGAGAAAUCAAAACAACCGGCUUAUGAAAAGCGCGCCAAAAACCGAUGCCGUGAUCGCAGCAGUUGGGAAGCUAGUGACAGAAUUGAGUUAUUUGACCUGCCCUUUUAUGAAGACAAAGCUGUGAUAGGGUAUGCUCUCAUUCCGACAUCAUAUCCCGUGAGGAGCGCCUUUACUGGAUAGGGAUCACUCCGGUUCUCUGAGCGUAAAAAUCAAGAAAAAAGUCUUCUUAUUUCCAGUUGUGCAAGUGCAUGCUAACUGCACAGGCAAAACGGAUGCUUUCCCGCGUACGUAUGUGGGACUGCGUUUUUGUUACAAGUGCGUAGUUACUGGCUAGAAAUCAGAUAACUUUGCCAUUUCCACAGCCCGCCUACGCUUGAUGUGAUACAGUUUGCCCUAUUCAUGGACUACAUUUUCUAGUGGGUAAUAUUCAUUAUACAUGUGUAAUUUAUACUGGUGCUUCCACUUUCUUUUCAGGCUGCGGACACUCUGACUUGCGUGUUCAGAAACCACCAUUAGCAUUAGCGACAAAGACAAGGGAGACUGAAAUGGUCAGUUCUGGCUUAUUAGCCGUUGCCGGCCAUUCCAGUCUUUCUUGUCUUUGUCGCUAGUGCUAUUCUGCUUUUAUCAUGCGUCACUAUGCGGCUGCUGGUUGGGCUCGCGAGAAAGCCCUUAAACACAACGGGACAAGUGAGUUCCGUAAAACGAUCGGUGAGCGCCCCCUACAAUUGCUAAGUGACGUUCAUAAUGCUUACGAGAACUGUACCUGUAGAAGCAGGCCCCAAUAAUAGCACCCUAUAUUAACGCGCACACUUCUAAACAGGGCAUUUUCCACAAAAAAACAGACCGUUUAUGUAGUAAAUCUUGUCUGUGCAACCGUACGUCAUUAUGGUUACAUUUUGUACCUUAUCAGUAGAAGUUAGUCGCGACCAUGUUGCUGCAUAAAGUUUCCACGGCUACUGCUUCUGCGGCUCUAUAGCGUACGCUGCCACCAAACACAUAAGUAAGGUCAGCAUACUUUCGAAUGUAUCCUUUGGGAGUAAAUAGCCAAACAUAGGCUGAACCAAUGGAUUCCAAGAAAAUCAAUAUAGCGAAAACACCGUCGCCAGGUGCGGACAUCUACCCAAAGAACUUUAGUGAAAACCCUGUAAGCAUAGAAUUCGCGAGGUGAUGAUGGUAGUUAGACUUCAUUCGUGUCGUAGUUUCUUCAAUAAGCUUUCUGUGUAAAAAUUUUGUUACCACAAUCUAUAUACCACGGCCUCAUAUAUCCAUCUCAGAGCUAACCUGAUUAAGAAAAAAAUAUAGACAAAUUGUCUCUACUAAUACAUUCUGCGUGCGUGCAGUCGAACGGUGAACAAUUGUCAGCCUUUUUACCCGCGAUUUUCCGUCUUCAUUCAGUAGGACAGGACUACAUUUACUGAAUAUAUUCAACUGCAUUUCGCGUUAUUAUGAAUAAGCUAACAAGAAGAGUUACUUGAAUUUUAGCAGUGAAUGACCUGAAGCAGCAUGUGGCAGAUCAGUCCUAGCCUGCGGUUCCCCCGUAAGCGUUGAACGAGGUCGUUUAUAGUCAACAGUGCACGCGACACUCACUCAUUGCUAGGGUUUGUGGUAGUCGACGUUGCCCCUAAAACGGGUCACGCGGUAGAUGUUCUGGUCCAACACAAGGGCUGGAUGGGAGACCGGCAGGCGUUAUUGGGAAUGUGCACACAACAAAUGCCAGCAUUUGGGGUGUGGCGACACACCCAUUUGCAGGCUCAAGCCGCGCCAGUUGGGAUCCCUUCCAUCCCCCCUAUUUUUGUCGUGGUAUGAAAUUCUGGAUAGUGUACAUUGUAGGCCAGGGGGUCUGGUGGUACGCCUGGAUUUCGUCGUGCUAGUCGCCUGCACCCUCUUCUUAACUCUGUCUUAACAUUGUAUCCGGGUGGGGGAGGAAGAGGAGGAGGAGACUUUUCGCUGGUUCGCGGAUUUCUGUGGAUUUCCCGUACAUGCUUCCGCAGUUGGUUUAUGCGUAGUAUGAAAACACUCAGCUUACAUAUAUAACUUCAACGAAUCCGACCUAAUAUCUCGGAUCACAUGAAGGGUUUAUGAUGUAUGAGUGUGUGAGAAAUGUUUAUGAGGAGGUGGGAGUGAUUAUGAGGAUUUAAAAUAUAUAAAAAUGACCAUAAAACCUAUGGUUUUUACUUCGCAGAUUUUCACUUUUUGCAAGGGUACUGGAGUGCGACCCUCGCAAUCGAGGAGGGAUCACUACACUAGCUCGACGCGUGAUGCUCUUGAAGACUGCUAACUUAUCCUAACAACUACCUGGUGAGUUUCUAAAAGCUACUUGCGCUGUAAAAUCUACUUUGACAUGGGUAGUUGGAGACCAUUCAGUUUUUCCUUCGGGUGCAGAUUGAAAACGGAACAAAGAAGGCCAAUUCUUCUGUCUUAAGUCUUUUUAAUAGAUGCACGAGGUGUACAGGCGAUAUUGGUGAGCAGUAUCUCGAUUGUGGUUGAAAAAAUUGUCGUAUAGCAUCCCAAAAAUUUAUUCUGGGACCCGUUUCUGGAAACAUCAGACAGGUUUCGGAAAGUAUCUCUGGAAAUUCAUCGAGGAAGAUAAGGAAGUGAAACGGUUUUAGAAGAGGGCCUGUAGAACACCGUUAUGAGCCGGCGACUCGGGAAAUGUCAUUUAUCGAACGCUUACACGAUGAUCCUACGAUCCAAGAAACUUCAAAUUUCAUUCAUGACGUUCCUGGUUUAAGCAAACCACAAAGGUUCACCAAGUUCUCCUUCUAAGCUGGCACGUUAACGUUUUGUUAGCAACUUUUCCACUACUUUUAUUCUAUAUCCUGGGUAAGGUACGAGCACUAUACCAUUGCUGUAAUAACAUUCUGAGUGAUGUACAGCGUCGAAUCCAACGCAUUAAAUCUCGUUCUAAAGUACACUCGGGAUUUGCCCGACUUCUGUUCCCAAGAAAAGGAAUAGAGUUUUUCAGCUCGUACUCUUCAUUUCGACCUCAUUAGAGCAUUCAAUAGAGUCGAUCACUCUUUUCUUAUUCCCAAGCUCACAUAUUUCAGUAUUAGUGAAAAAUCUUUAUGUGUGCUUCUCACUGUGGACGCACCAGAGGUAAAAGUGGCAAUUUUUCACUCUAACAUUAAAAAACCCAAUCCCAUGUAAAACGACACUUUACAAGUAAGCCGUUUCGUACUUCUUUGGCUUUGGCAGGUUUUCCUUGCUGCCGAAGACUGGAAGAUGGCUUAAAUACAAAUAAUGGUCGACAGGAAUUUAACUGAAAAUUAAUUAAAUAUGAAGUGCAUUCCUCCCCCAUUUAUGCGAAUAAUGGCUUUAACCGAUUGCAUGGGCGAGGGGUUCAGUGUUAACCAAAAUAGAUUUGCACCAGGCGUCAUACCAACCACAAAAUUUUCGAAGAACAUAGGUAUAUUUUAUUCUUUCAACCUGGAUUUCUAUAAUCAUAUAAGACUCAGUGUAACCAAAUUCAAGUGCAAGACAGAUUUUAUGACAAAAGAAUUGACGGAAGACCCGGUGAGACUGUUGUCGUAAAAAAACUGGUCUGCCUUACCCAGAAAUGCAAGUAAUUAAUUUUUUCGCUAACAGUAAACGUGCGGCCACAAAAAAUGAGACACUCUUCAGAGUUCCAUUUAAAUGAUGUACAUAUUCAAAUCGUUGAGGCCCUGGGCCAGCGCAUGAUGCCAUGUAUAACCCCUCGGUUUGUAUGUAUGUAUAUAUGCAUAUACAUAUUUGAGGGUUACGGGCGAAACCCUAUAUGACCCUAUGCAUGUACAGUUAAGAUAAUAAGUACAGGUAGUCAAAAUAAAAUAAUCACUUGUAAAGUUCACGCUAACUUUUUGCAUUAAAAGUGCAGUAAUGCGUUACAUAUCUGCAAGCUACCCCUGGAGGCUGGCAGUAAGAAUAAUCGGUUAUUCAAAACCAAACAAUAUAACUGUCAUCUGAAUACAGCCAUAGUACCAGAAUUCACUAUUUCGCUUGGGAGUAAGUUCCACGGUCGAACGACCCACUAACUGGAAGAAAACUUCGGUUGUUCUAAGCGCGUACAUUUGUGUUUGAUCUUGUGCAAAUGACCGCGGAAGUAAGUUAUCUUCGUAAGCUCGAAGAAAUCCUCAGAUGUGAACGAACAGUCGUUCCUGCGGCUAGUGCGGAAUGUCAACAGCCGGUUGCGCCUCACUUGUUUGUGGGAUAAGGGGAAUAUACUGCGCUUGAUCAGUCUUUCCGGAUAUGACAGAGUCAUAAGAAGGUCAUUCAUCGUUAUCAUCCAUCGUUGCACCUGCUCGAGGAGGUCAUUGUCUUUUUUAAUCCACAACAUCCAUGCUGGCAUUCCGUAUUCAAAAUCCAAUCUAAUAAACGCAACAAAGAUCCACGCGAAUAGUUAAGGAAAAAGCCUAUAAAAGCACGCAUAAUCCAGUGUAAGAUGCUCGUUAAUUUUUGAACCGAUCUUCUACUGUGUUCGGAGGGCAGCAUGUUCGAAGUUGUCCAGAUACCUGUGUCUUUGUACGCAUCCACUUCCUUUGAUGGAAUCCCAUUUAUACGAUAACGGCGUCUUGGUGUACUUCUCCCACAAGCUCCCUGGCGUAAGACUACACGACAGAAGCCACAGGCUUGACCAAGCAGCCAGUUUACUGAAGUUUUAUCCUAAUUUCUGCGUGUCUGCAGCACAGAUUAUUAUUUUCAGAUUUUUAUACCAUCUUCAAACACGAAGGUAUCGUGUUCAAAGUCUUCAGUACAAUCAGUUAUAUUGGUGAGGAAGGGGAAAAGACCUAAGAUGAAACCCUUAAGGGAAGCUCUUUCUACCGAUGUCCAUUCGGAUGAUAUGGUACCAACAUUUGCUCCUUGCAGCCUGGAUGAUAGGAAACUUUUAAUACACUCGAAAAUGCUGCAUUGGAUUCCACAUUGUCAAAGCUUAUAUAGAAAACCUAAUGAGGCACACUAUUAAACAACUUUUUAUAUUUGAGGAAAAUGGUAUUUACCGAAGGGCCUCGGUACGUGGCUUUUGUCUAUUUUUCCCGCGAGUAAAGACUGCCCGCAAGACACGAGUUACCAUGACGAAACCCGCACAGGACAGUAAAUAAUAGCUUUCUAUGCUCCUGAUGGGUCAUUAAAUGUCUUUUUAUAAGUUAUUCAAUGAUCUUGCACAAAAUACAGCUUAAACUAAUGUGAGGGCGAUAUUCAAACACAAGUCCAAACCUUCCUCUGUGCAGCGGGAAGGCAAAGGCUGUUUGCAAUUCCUCCAGAAUGCGCCUUCUUCCGAAGACUUUUGAAAUAUUAUACGCAACCGCUUGCUCUGGAUGUCAACUGACGCUCGAAAGGCGAGAAUCUCGAUCGGGUGGCUGGGCAGGUUUUAUUUGGAGUAAUUCUGCCCAUAACGUUGUAAAAAAGUAAAUAAUAUCUUCUAAUGCAAACGGUGCGGAACUCUGUUGUUUUUCUGGGUAGGGGAAUGAAGAGUAUUUGAUACAUAAAAGGAGCUAGAGAGGCCUGUUGCUUUUGCUUGGCCAUCCGUCGUGAGAAAUCGGUUUAGGACCUCAGCGCCGGAAUCAAGUCACGAUAUACUUUGCCUUUAGCAUCAGACGUAUGGGAUACUGGUAUGCAUGCGUCCGAUAUUCCUUGUCAGUCGAGAACUUUUCCACACCUUAUUUCUUCUUUUAACGGCGAUCGAAAUUUCCCGGUUUGUCCGCAUCGGAGGAUCGCUUGUUUUCCUUCGUCUGAGUGGGCAGUGGCUUCUUUUAGCUAAAGGUCUGAACGUAUUCCAGUACUCAUUAAGUGUUCCCCGAAACCUGGUUGCCCAUGGUACUAGGGAAAUUUGCGUUCGCGUGCUGGAAUAAUUUCAUUUCCAGACGAUUGUUUCAAAUUGGUUAGGUGUGUCUGACUGGGAGGACAUGGGAUAUCCGGAGAACAUUACAGUAUGCUCACUAACACCCAUUAGUGGAUGAUCUCAUAGAUCCAGCAAACUCUCCCCGACUCGGUUUAAGACAGGGCCUGGGCAGUUUAAGUCCUGCCCCUCUCUGACGCCUGUUCCGAGAGUCACAUUCUGGAGGGGUAGUUUUUAUGUUUUCAUUCCGAACACAUAAUGACCAACUACAGCCAACGGGCACAAAACAGUCAAAUUUUGCCAGUCCAUAUUGAGAACGUUAAAGUUUCCAACUAUAAGGAUACCUUAGAGGUGUUCUGGCAAAAUUCAAAUCAUUCACUUUGACCCAACUGUGAAAAACACGGUGCCUCGCUAGGCUUCGAACCCAAGGCAACAAGUGCGGGUAAUUUGACACAAAUAUUACUAAACUCGCCUCGUUCGGAGGGGCCUCGUAGCUCAAAUGGUUAGAGUGUUGGAUGUCGUGGGUUCGAAUCCCACCGAAGAGUCGAGGUUUUCACAUCUGGGUCAAAGUGGAUAAGGAGAUCCCUGUUCAAGCAGGUCUUGUCCAGUUUUGUUAGAGGAAGUCAUCGUGUUCAACGGUCUGAUUUGAGAACGAUAUGCGACUGCAAAUGCCGGCGGCCGGACAUGGCCUACGGAGAUAGAAAUAAAAAUUCUAGUCCCACUGGAGUGAGAUGUUGCUCAGACAAACAGAUUAAAUUACAGAUGACAUAGACAACAACUCCAGCUCGUCCAAGUUCCCUGUCUCUUCCAUACAGUUGAUAACUUCUGAGGGAUGUCUCAUGUUGUCACUAGCUUCAGAAAGCCAUGUUUCUGUGAGGACGAUGACAUCUGCUGUGUGCUCAUCAACCAAAGUUUUGAAUCCAUUCACUUUACCAAACAGGCACUGUAAAUUUGGGUGCACCGCCCUUAGCACUCAUCUUUUCGGUGGAGACCAGCCCUCAUUUAAAGAGCCGUCUACCGGAGGAACGAUCGUUCGAUCUGUAUUAUCUACCCUUCCCUUAUUUCUAAGCCAUUUGCCCCUCUGUCUUCUUCAGUUCCGUUCAGCUCGUUGGAAUUAAACGAACCUAGAUAAAACGCACACUCCCCUCUCAAAAUUUGAGAAUAUACAAAGGAAACCGCAAUUAUAUGUUAGGUACUGUCUCCUGGAUUGAUCACACGUAAUUGUAAGUACUUUUCCGAUAAGCUUAAAGGAAGCAUUUAAAGAAUUAACCAACACCUUAAUUCUUCCACUUCAGUUUAUCAGCCACCUUUAUCAUACUAUUGUUUUAAGAGUAAGGCCGCAGGACUUAGUGCUCGAAAACUGAUAAGAUAUAUGAAUGUGGUUAUCAUGGAUAUCUGCGCCAUACGGUGCCCUACAUUUUUACUACAUCAUCAUAUUCGAACAGCGUCGUUAGGCACCUGACCAUUUAAACAUUCCAUAUCCAUUAUUUUGGGUCUCCCUCGCUUCCCCCACUAGUGCCAUCCCACGGCAGUGGACGACGGCUUUCUCCCCAGAAAUUUAAUUUCGCCUGGAUCUAUCAAAAGAGAUUAUUUGUAAAGGCCCGGGAUUUCUCCAAAUGACAUGAAAACGAACCGCUUUACCCGAACAAUCAAACCCAUUCGGCAGCACUUUUGGCCUUUAUCGAUGCUCUAAAUUUUGGUCGCGGUGCAUACUGAAAGGCAAAUUUGGUCUUUGCUACAAGUUAUCUGCUCAAAGAGCAGCAGGCCUUUUACUAUAUAUUCCUCGGUAAGCACCUAUCAGAUUAGUAAGAUGGGCACCCACUAGCGUUUGAUUUAAGCUUGGCUCAUAACACACAUUUUGUCAAGCUGAUUACAACUUAUUCAAAUAAACGAGUUAGAACAAAAAGUUGUUCUAAGAAAAGCAUGUAGGCGUGUUCGCCAAGUUGACGAUGGCGUUUUAGUGAGCCAAAUGGCCACGGUAACUGUCACGCCAAUUAUCUGCCACAAGUUCGACAAGGACAAACUUUGCUGACAUCAUGACUGAGUAUGUUAUGAAAUGAAGACUUUCUCAAAAUAAUUCGACGGCGAGCAUUACGAAUUAACGUAGAGACAGAACUCAAUGCUUUUAUCUUUUGUCGAAUUUUAAUGUCGUCAUUUAAUAUUUUUUUAUAAAGGAAUUAAUUUAGGUCGAACAUUUGCGGAUACCGUUAACAGCAUAUUGCGCUUCGAAAUAAAAUUUUAUUUAUUUGAACUGUCGUAAAAUCGCAGAAAAGCCAGCGACUUUGCAGCUUAACCAUGCCUGACGAUUAACUUUGCCAUCUUGAUUUUUACUAACAGCAAGAAAUAAAACAGCUAAGCUACAUUCGUUGGUGACAAGAUGCAGUGCCUGCCUUUAAAAAUAAACUUAAAGCCGAAGAAAACACGAUUAUUUUGACUAGGCAUGUUUUAAGUUACAAGUAUUUCUUGUAAACCAUCUCAGCAUUUUGCGGAUAGGACACCUCCCUUUAAAAUGCCUGUGUAUUUAUUUAGGAGCUCCUAAAUGUGGCAUUUUCAAUUGUUUAUUGUGUAAGCAAUAACCUAUUUACAGUUAUUAACUAGUUAACAACUAUUAUAAUACAUUCAUAAUGUGUUCACCAAUGCGAUUCGAAAUUCGAAUUUCGUGCUGAUACUCUUUAAAAUUAUAAUUUCUUUUUUUUCAGAUAUUCGAGAUACAUCUGGAAAUUUGCCAGCACGCUGUUUAAAAUUGCCUUACGAAUAGGGAAAGUAUUUUGUCGAGGAAUUAUAGCAUUCGUUUCCGCAAUCAAACAAGAUUUGGAAGAACGGGCAAACUCGGCACAAGAGCCAGUAUGCGACCAAAUGUAAGCAAUUUCCAAUAACUAUACAUUUAAGUCAAUUUUCCUGAACUCCGUCUUUUAUUGGAAAUCAACAAUUUUCCUGAAUUUGUAUAGGAAUACGGAUCUUAACCUGGCAAACGUUUAGUCGGUAACGAUUUGGACAAACCAUAGGCGUUUUGUAUGUUGUACUUUAAUAUCUCAAAAACACUCAACCAAGUGAUUGAGCAGUAGCACAGUAACAAACAUUGAUAUACAGUUGGUAACCUAACCCAAGAAAAGUGACGAAAUUUACGAAUGAGUGCCAACUACGCGCAGACAGACACCAAUUCAUGAAUCCAAUAGUUAUUUUAUAUAAACAUAACUUAAAUGCAUUAAAAACAAAAAAGAAAUACUGAGGGCAGUGUUGAUUUGCUUCGAAAUGCUAAUUUUUAAAAAAUAUCGCAAAAUCCUGAAAACGCCAAAAAAUGGUUGCAACAUAUCAAACUUUGUCUUUCGAUGAAUAACUUUCUUCUCACGCAAAAACCUGGGUAAAUAGAAGAGCGAAAAUGGAAUAACAUUCAAAAAUAAUGUGUUUAAUUGAAGUUUGCAUCUAGAUGUCCUUUGAGUAUUAGUAAUUUCAGGCAUGGUGGUUUGCCAACAGCCGUCAGUCUGACUAAAGAUUCCAAAACAGGUUUUUGGGUAUCCAUGGGGGUCCUGAUCCGUUUAUUUGAUUUGGAUGUGGUUCAACAAGAGAAACGGGAUUUUACUUGGUUUCACCGAUAGAAGCGUCAUAGGAACAAAAUCUUCCACAGGGUCACAUUCUAACAGGCCGAUCGGUGACUGAAAAAAUUAAGUAAAAUUCACUAGCGUAACCAAAAACCUACCAUUUUGUGUUUGUAUAGAGGGCGUUUCUUUUGUUAACUUAUUUUGCACUUUUCGUUUGUUCCGGAUUAAGCUGAGUUUCAACUCGACCUUGAACUAUCGCUGAAUACUUCAUGAUUUUCAAUGUCUUCCCCCGAUCGCCAUGAAGGACAGAUUUUAUAUCAUGCAUCUGUCAAAAACUUUAAAAUGAAAUACUUCUUGAAGACAUUUACCAAGUUAGCGAGUGUUUAGGCGUUCCUUGUCCUGUAGAAGGUCGUUUAGGUCAUAUUUGAAGACUCACUCCAACAGGAAACCUCACCGUCGAAUAAAAUGAACGUCAACAACGAAAGUCGGCAGCAUACAUGCCUUAGAUCAACUACACAACUUUUUCUAAUAAGUAACUUCUUAAAGGAGAGCUUUAAUACUGUACUGCGUUGACGGAUCUCUGACUACUUUGCUUUUCUGCGCAGUGAGGCCGAACGAAAUUUGACAUUUGGCUGUUUCUUUCACGUCCCUAAAUAAUACUACAAUUUCUAUACUAUGAACGUAAAAACAUGCCUUUUUAUUAAUAUUGUGGCCAUUUACACUGUUUUGCACACCCUUAUACUCCGUUCUACCAUCUGCUGACACUGUUAAUGACUUGUUCGUUCCAUUUCCGAAUUAGGUUUGCGUAGAAGUUAGACUGCACAAAAUGCAAUUUUUAUAUUUUAAAAACUGAAAAUGACUAUUCGGUAUGGUCACUUCUGUGACAACAAAUGGAAUUUUUUAAACGACAAAACAGUUUCAGUCAACUUAAACGAAGGAUUGCCUGCGUGCGUUAUUGCCGCACUUCAGAGCACCAAAUCGCACGAAUAUGUUAAUCUGACUUUUGAAGUUUGACAAAACAGCCGGGUUUUUCGAAAAUUACUUUUGUGUUAUCAAGUUGACUCCCACGAUUAGCAUUGAACAAAAGUCAAUUUUUAAGUCCGGCAACUUUCGUCUAUCAAAACUUCUAGGGAUAAAGUACUCUCCUCUUAAAGAAAAAUUACUCAAAUGCGUAACCGCAGUCUAUAACAGGUAUUGGGAUGGGAAACUGCCCGAGUUUAUCGCGACGUCCAUGUUCGCCCAAAUUUAUGAACAUGAUGCUUGACAAACUUACGUGAACACAAUUUGUGCACAACAAGGACAUUUCUUUGAAGAGGUUGGAUAAGCAAGCAAAAUGCGUGACGUUUAGGACACCAAAGAUGCCAAAUAAGUCUCCGUCAUUAGGUUUCAUAAGACAGGUCACGUACUCUAUAUUUCGGGCAUUUAUGUAGUUCAUUGAACUUUUAAAACAUCGUUAGACUAAAUAGUGAUAUAACACGCGGUAAUUCGUAGAUAGAAGGCAAAACUGAUAACGGGAACAAUUGCGAGUUUAACGGAAAAAUGGCUUUUCAUCAGUACGGCUUUUUUGAAGCAACCAUCUAAUAGUUUUUUAAUUUGAUGAUCAAACUUUGAGAGGUCUUAUUGUUUUUUUGCAAACGUUUGCGCUGUUGUUAAGUAUAACGCUUACCUGAAAAUAUUCAGAUGCCUCGUAUUGGGGAGGAGUAUAAUUCUAAAUUCUGUCGGGAGUAUUUUUAAAUGGAAACAGUAGAAUAUAGCCCACUGAUAGAGGAUGCAAAUUGGAUUUUCACAAAUGAUAAAAGAUCAGCAAAUUUUCGGCCUGAUUUCUUUUUAUACGUAACACCAAAUAUCCUAAGUACAGCACAAUCCGCUAUUUAACAGCUCGAGCCGAAAACAUGUUGUAUAAACCUUUAAAAUAAAACGUAAUUGCAGGAAGUGGACUCAGUUUAAAAUGACAGAUCUGGAAAGACUAAGAAUUACUCUAUUAGAAACGGGAAAAGAUGAUAAAGUAUCCUUUUUAAUUUUAAUGCUUUUACUAAGGGUUUGUUCCUUUAAAACCCAGAAAUGUGGACGGUACGGAAGAUACAAUAAAGUCAGAAAGCGUCCUUCCAGCAGAAACGUGCACCGUUGAUGAAAAGUUGGAGGAAUUGUAAGUAUUUUUAAAUAAGAUUGAACUCUCAGUAAGCAAGCUGUUGACUCGCAAUCCUACUGUAAAAUGUUCGAUCUGCUUGCUUUGUUGUCUCGACAACAUGGAAUUGUGCGAGAUAGUAGAUAAUCAGAAAUAUACUGUUUCUAAAAAUCUUUCAUCUCUCCAACUAAUUUGUCAUCGUUCAGGAGUACAACAGCCAAUAAAUGUUUAAAAACAACUGUAUCUUUUUGUAAGCAUUUUGCGUAAAUACUAAUUUCAUCCUAUUCUUAAGUGUUAACGAGAAAAUGGAAGAUAUCACUGCGGUCGCGGAAGAAACCAAAGAAACAAGUAAAAAGAGGAAAAAAUUAAAAAAGUAAGUUUCGUACUCUGAAGACUGAAAGAUAAGGGAACUGUUCAGAGCAUAUUUAAAAAUUGACUUAAGAGUUAAACUUUUAUCAAAUUUGUUAAACAAUUCUUAGAAAGGUUGAUAAACUCGCAUAGCAUGUGUUUAUAAGUAUAAACAAAGAAUGUUUUUGCACUUUUUGAUCCUAGAAAAAAAGAUGCACCUGAGGAGGUUUCAGCUCUUGAACAUAGUCAGAAGCAAAAAAAGUCGCAAAUCGGCAUGGAGACGAUGCAGCCAACUGAAAGGUAACAUGUGCAACCCAUUUCAAGAGGAACCUCUGGCUUUGUGCUAGUUGCUCCAACCACCUGGCAGGACAAUACAAAAUUCUUUAUAAAAACAAAUCAACUAGACAGAAGGGAAUCGUCAGUGACGGUUUUUAAAAAAACAAGCUGCGUGAGAGCUCGACUUUGGCUGAAGCAGCAUUGAAAAUCAUUUCUACUGUUUACAUGUUUGAUGACGGGAAAGAAAACUUUAAAAAAGAAUGAAGCAUAGUCUUUUAGGCACAUAUUCGAUUGCCUUCUAAAGUUUAAGAAGCGGAGUAACGAAGCUGUAGGAGAGGUCGACUAAAUCUGUGUGGGGCCUAGGAGAAUGUAUUCAGCGACGAUAAACCAUCUCUUGGACAUGUAACAUGUAGCUGUCCAGUGUUAGACAGGUUUUUUGAAUGCAGCUUUGCGUUUGUCCAACAUUUUUCGAGCAUUUCGGGGUCUUGGCCAGCAAAAGUGCGGCUCGAUGUCCCUUAAAGGGACAACCUAGGCAUUCUAUAAUGUGCAUGGAAGGGAGAAUGCAUGCCACAAAUUUGCAAGAACGACACCCACUCACCGUGGUUCUUUGCUGUUGCAGGCUAUAAAUACAUGCCUUGAUUUUGAAAUGGAAAACUGCUGGCUCAUUUUUUAUAUAGAAAACAGACAAUUCUAAAAUCGGAAGCAGAAUGCUGCUCGAUUAAGCCGAAAAAUGAGAGCCGAUGAGGCCAAAAAGAUAUAUUUUACAGAAAUGUCUUCCACUAAUAAGUAACAUUUGUUUGCAGCAAGAACGUCGGCCCAGCAACAAAAGACCCCCCAGAAUGCAAAAGUCUUAAGGAAAAACCGGAAAAACACGAGACCAAGAAGGUCGAAAACUUGAAAAAGAAAGACGCGGGAGACACAGCUGCGUGAGUACUUUUCAAUAGAGGUUGUCCUAUGAUACUUUGAGCCUUGGUUAAGAUUUCCUAGAUUUUGACUUUUUAAACUGUCUAUCCAACACUGAGAGCCCUCAGUUAUUUAAUUCACUCCGAGACUCUGGGUGCACACGUCUCUACAAGGGCAAAUGGCCAGGUCUCUAAGUAUUCCCAUUAUACUUUUGAUGAUCGGCCUAAAUCGACAGAGAUAUUACACUUCCAUUUGUUAAAUUAGUCAGCCUAAUUCCAAAAUUGCCUUAUUGCAUGUCAUUUUGCGAUGGCGUGGGUUCAUAGAAGACUAGGAGCGCGGGCCCUAAAACUCUCUCAUAGAUUUUGAAAACGACAAUGAAAAGAUGACUGCCUGUGAGGCUGGACGCAUGUAAUGGGGGCGUGCACCCUAUAACCAAAGUAGGCCCCAUAUCUUCGUUUAUCAAUACAGUUACGUGUAGAAUGUCGACGGAAUAAAUAAGUUUUUUUGAAAAAUCUUUAGUGCUAACAAAGACGGCCCCUCGAAACCAGAGACGUCUCAAAAGAAUGCUUGUGAAAAUACCAAGAAAGGACAGAAAAAGUGAGUUCCGGUUCUGUUGAGCUUGCAGCUGUUUAUACUUCGAACCUUAAAAAUGCAUGAGCAACUUCACUAUUUACGAGAUUUUUUCUUCAUCAAUGGAAACUUCUUUGUGUUAAUCGAUUUUGAACAAAAUCAGUGUAAAAGUGGACAUGAACAAAAAUUAUUUAUCUAACUACAUCAUUCAAUUAGUUGGAUACCUUAGGGUUCGAGGUUUUACAUUAUUGGAGUUGCUCGAAAGAUGUCCUAUACAGGUAUCCUGCUCUUACAGAUCAAAGAAAAAUGCCCACAAUCCCGACUUAAAAGCCUCGGCGGUUGCAGACACGGCCAGUGAGAAAAACAAUGUUGCGACCGGGGGUGACCAAAAGGACGCUACGUAAGUUUUGUCCAAUAGCCAAAAACACCCCAUUGAUGCAUAUUCUCAAAAGGAAUCAGACCACAUAAAAAGACCAAUUCGAUACCUUUACAAUGGGAAUUGUCAUCCUGUCUUCCCUAUAAAGAUAUUAAGUCACCCAGAAUAGAGUUCAUUUUUAAAAAUUUAUCUAACAGCGAAUGCUGUUGUUUUUUAUUUAGUCGGAGAAAAAAGUAAUAAAAUCACUUCACAAACGUCCAGAGAAAAAGAAGGAAGCUCACACGAGCAAAUUAUGAGAACAAGACGGCAGUUGGACCUUCGCGAACGAAAAUUUGUACCAUGUGCGUCUCAACCUGGUGGGCGCAAGGGCGGCGACUCGCGCAUAAAGAAGUUUAUGGUGAUAGCAGACUUGUGCUGCAUCUACAGCGCUCUCUGCCUACCACCCCCCUCCCUGGGGCGGGUGUUAAGACAGAAUCAGAAAAACUAGAGUCGGGAUCGGCCGGGCGGCCAAUAAUUCUAGAAACCCGUCUAUUUAGGUCACACACACACACACCUGGUACAUGUGUCAGAUUGUUCAAGCGUGGAAUAUGCGCUGAAAUGCCCUGGGGACGGGUUCCCCACUAGUCCGCUGUCUGAGCCGUCCAUUUGCCUUGUGCGGGGCUGGACGUAAGUGAGCGGCGUGGACGGCAUGAGCUUGCGCUUGACAGUUCGACAGUCGUAGCCGAGCUGUCCACCGUGUGAUCCACAGCAAGGUGAAGCAGACACGGUGACUUGCGCGUGAGUUACUUCAUCGUGAAAGCGGACUUGCGCAGCAUCUACUGCACUCUCCUCCUCCUCCUCCUCCUCCUCCUCCUCCUCUCCAUUUGAACCCAAUGUCCAGACAUAGCCAAGAAGACCGGAGGGGAGGGGCGGCACAGGUGGCUGGCAUCGCCGGACCCCCACCUAUGCGUAGCAUCACACUUGACCAGGAUUUUGACCAAUAACAGCAGCACAACGGUUCAGAAAGACGAUAAGUAUGACAGGGGUAGUCAUGUCUGCGCCUAGACGCUCAAUAAACCAUCAUGUGGCGAAUGUGUUACGCGUGAACAGCAUGAACUCCUCGUACGUGCCCUGACUUAGUCCCUGCGUUGGUCCAGCGCAUUCCUCGUGUGGUCUAUUGUUCGGAACCAAAGAAAAGAAUAUGAUUUACUAGAGAAUAACACAAUAAUUAUGAGGUAGUUUGCCUUAAAAUGGCUUUUGCUUCAAGCUCGUGCAAUGACUAUAGAGGGGUAGAGGAUCUACAAAGUCUACCCACGCUUUUGUACGUGUAAGUCUGGUAUGCUGUUCAUGUUUCUCCAGGAACAAAGUAAUCUUAUUGGUUAUUUAAGACGUACAAUCUCCAGGACAUUUAGCAAAGCAUUACAUUGCGGAACAGAAGCAAAGGGAAUCGGCCAUCCACGGUAAACCUUUAAAAUUUAGCGGAUGAAAAACGCACCAAAAGACGUUUAUGAGAUAAAAUAAAUACCAACGAAAAAGAAUUCGUUGAAAUUAAGCAGACACUUUACGAGACAGUUCGGUUUAAGUGAACGACACUGAAAUGACCAUUUCUGCCUUUGUUAGCCGUCAUCGGCCAGUAAUAGCCCAACCCUGGUAGGUGACUGAUGACGCUCAAUAAAGGCGGCGGCUGCACUUUCAGUGUUACUGAUUUAGGCCAGUAGUACUUUUUGGGGAAUUAUUAUUUGUAGCUACGCGAUAGCUUAGAUAAAUCAUGGACCCAGUGCUUCGGGACAUCGCUCUCAUACAACUCUUGGUGUCUCUAAGCUACACCAGUCAGUCAGACGGAUUUUCCGAUAAAAGAAAAAUAAAAGCACAUAAGGGAAUUUCUCAGUUUCACGAGACGCUGACACAAAUGUCACAUAAUGUGAUUUAAUCAAAUCACACGGUAAGUCAUUACCUUCAUCGGCCCAUUUCCGCCGCGGCUCUUACGACUAUUACGCAUCACCUGAACUAACCCAUUGCCGAAAUUGUUCCCUUUACUACUUUUCAAUAGUAUCCCUCAUUCACUCCUGACUUGCCUUCAGUCGGAUAACGUCGGUAGAGUGGUGUUUUGUCGUAGUGGCAGAACCGGCGAUCGACAGCGAUGGCAAUACUGGUAAUAGCGACAGUGAUAGUGACGCAGAAUGAGCCGCCAAACGUCCGGAAUGGUAGUUGCUGCUAGAUAAAUCAAUAAGCUGCCUGCUGAUCCAAAAAGUUAGAAGGAAUAGUUGCUUUAGGGUCAUGGAAAGUUAGUAACAAAAAUCACUGCCUUCCUGAACAAAGUCACAAAGCAAAAACAAAGGAUGAGACGUGUCUUGCUAUAAAUACAUGUCGUCAACAAUCCCUUGGAUUUCGCUUUCUGGACAAGACUAACUUAUAUGGCUCCUUAAACAGGACAUGGAAAUAGGAGCGCCUGGCCUAAGUAAUAAGGAUAGACCUGCGCACAAUUCCAGAAGGGACAAUUUCCCGCGUCCUAAGCCCAAAAAUAACCCAAAUAUAAAACUGGACCAUUGCCCUAAUCUUGACCCUAAUCCUACCUUAAACCAUAACUCUGCGGUUAACACUAGCCCCUACAUUAGCCCUAAACUUGAUCAUGACCUACCUUACCAUUGACUUUAAAUCUAACCUUAAACCUAAGCCGUACCUUAAUCCUAACCCUAACCUUAACUCUAAUCCAAAUUUAUUUGGGAGUUGAUUUAAAACCACCCGUGAUGCAGGCGGUUCCUAUUCUAAUGUCCUGUUUUUGCGAGCCAUAUAAGUCAGUGUUAACGCUUUCCUCACCGAACGUGUGUGUGUCCGAUAUACAGUUUGAACCAACAAUGUCUUAGCUUAAAACCAACAUUCUGGACUGCUGAAACUGAUUUGUACCGCGUUGCACAUCCGGUACCAACAUUCGUCAGGAAUGCUGUUGGAAUGGAAGACGGAAAUGCACUAAUUUGCCUAGUGUCGUUACUCACGCCUAAAACACUCCGUCCUUAGGACUGAAGUCUGGAAAAUGACAUGCAGUUCAGAGAAAUGGCAAAGAGGCACACUUACAGAAAGUUGGCUCACGUCGAAGAGCACUGCCUGAGUCGUCUUUUAUGUGUUCAGGGCUAUUGUGUUCGUUGUUGAUUAAUGACAGUUCGACCGCCGUGCCCGACGAUGUCCACUGUGUGCUCCAUAGCAAGGUGAGGCAGGCCCGAUGAUUUGCGCGUGGAGUAGUUUAUAGUGAGGGCGGACUUGCGUAGCAUCCACCACACUCACCCCUCCCCACCUGGGCCCGAUGCCAAGACACGAUCAAGAGAGACCGAAGGUGAGGGAGGGCUCAGGUAGCUGGCGCGGCCGGACCCGCAGCUUGCCAUACCACCACACCCCUAGUCCACAGCAAACACUUGGCCAGGAUUUAAACCAACAAUAAAAGCACCACAACGGGUCAGAAAAACGACGAGGAUGACUAGGCAGCCAUGCUCACGACCCGUAUACCCGGCGGGGACGCAAGCGCAUCUACCGGAAGAGAACUAGGCGCCAGAGAACUGCCAGUGCACACCAGGCUGUGAGGACCAUGGUUUGCUGGCCCUGGCAUAGCAGACGCUUGCAGUCCUUGAGGCCAAAAAGGGUGACAGGCAGUCCUGCAUUUGCCAGGGCCAUCAUCCUUCAUUUAUGUCCAGUUUAUUCUUUCUUUUCUAAAUAUUAUUGGUAAUCUUCUCUGAGGUUUCCUUCAUCAGUGUUGAGUCAAGGGGUGGUAAAAUGAAAGCGAAGGUUGAACUCUGCGCUUCGCAUCGAGCUAAUUAUAAAGAAAACUCUUUUUGGACCCAGUUAGGAGAUGCAUCGUUUUGAUAACUGGCUCGAACGAGAACUCUGUUGAAAACUGCUCACCAGUUUUAAAAGCAUUGCAUUAUUUAUAACAAAAAUGAUUCGAGUACAUUUUUCCCGAACUUAUUUUGAAGACGACAGUAUCCUCGGAAUGCGUUUUCAAAACACACUUCAAAGCUGGAUGGAGAAGCACUUGAGGGCACAUGGUUUAUGGAAAUUAUCAGUACUUUUGUUUAGACGUAGAAUCCGGAGGCGCUCAAUUAGUUAUAUCAAAAACACUCACCUGGACAAUAUGUAGCUUAAGUAAGCGAGUAAUAGGUUCUUAUACAAUCACGUGGCAGGUAUGUCUUAUAGUGUUAUUGACGAUCCGUUAUAUUUUCAAGGGCAAGCGAGCGUAAUAUCAAUUUUCAUCCAUUUCGAAAUGCAGAAAAGAAUUUUGGGACGGCUGUUUCUCACUUAUUCCUAGUCGUCACCAUAGCCACCGGAUCCGGAACUUUUCGGGCUCUCAAUUCACCAGAUAGUGUCGCCAUUUCGUGUAAUAUCCUAGAAAUUUGAGAAGACGUAAAAUAACAAAGUUCUUACAGAGUCGACGACUUAACUGUACGUUAGACCCUAAAUUAUUCAUUAUUUAAAUUGAAUAUUCAAGGUGAAAUGCCCUUUUCUGAAGUUAACAGUAAUUUACUAACCUAAAAUUUGUGGGAAAUUGUACAAAGACGUGUUUUACGAAUCAGCUUAAGAAGAGUAGAAACAAGGUAACAGUAGUUAAAAUUGCGAGCUGAGCAGUUACUUCAUAUCUAAAUCUGGACACCAUUCAUCCACUAAACACCUUUUUAGAAGUAAUUUGAAGACAAAAGAGGACGCGAAGCCGACACAUGCCGUUGUUCAGGAGAUCGACCCUGACCAGGGGUUUAACAUGGGAGGUGAACAGAAAGAGACCAGGUAAGUCCUCUUCAUAGAAUAAAUACUUAAAUUAAACUUACACUAACCGUGCAUUUGCUAACUUGUAACAACAUGUUUUUGACUUGUUUUUUGCUAAGAUUGGUUGAACGAGAGCACUUGCAUAUUUCAGGAUCCAGAAAACUGCACCUAAGCGUUUCCCACACAAGCCCUUAAGUCCCUACUUCAGCAUACUUUUAUAAUUUUUUCUUGAUUUUAACUGUGACACGAAGUAGUAACUGUUAUUAAAAACAGUAUGUUCUACGAAAGUUUGGACAUUGUUGCUUUUUAAUUUCCUUAGAAAUUAACUGCGAACUUGGAGCAGAUCAGUAUAUUUAAGGUCCAUAGGCUCAGAGCAUAGUUUUUAUACAUGAAUAUUUCGGCCGAAGACCAUCACUCACAGCGGACAACCGCGUAAUAUUCAUUAACCGAUGAAGACCCAGUGACGAGCCGAACUCCUCGCAGCUGUGUCAUACAGCGGCAAAAUAUCGGCAAAACACGCGUGUAUGGGCUUUUGGCUAUUACCUGUGCUGUUACCCUAAAGUUUCGACAGUUGUGCAGUUCAAGUGUACUUGGAGACAGAAAACGUGUCUUUAUUAUUUCGUAAAGCUUCUAAGGAUCCUCCAGAUAUUUAGGUAGAGAAGGAUUGACACAGUCUGCUGAAAACGUUUAAAGGAAACUCCGACCUGCAUGAGAGAGAUAAGCAAACAGACCUACACUCGGAUAGACAAACUACGAUUUUCUAGAAAUUGCCGCUUCAUGCUGCAUAUGUUCGACUCUAUACAAAAUAUAAAUUUUCUGAACGCUUGACUUCUAGAACGUAUGCUUACCUCACACUAAGAGAGGAGGGCUACUUCCAUGGUCGCUGUAACCCAUUCCACUGUCCUGCACUAGAAUCCAGUGCGAGUACGUAAAGAAGCCAAGGUGUGACAGGAGAAACUGCGCUACCUUACCUUUCAAUAGAAGUUAGGCAAAUUAUUCAGGUCAUCGGUAUGACCAUUGUCCAGACAAAAGCCAAAAAUUUUAUCAAACGCAACGCAAACUUCCCACUCUUAAAUAAUUCAUCUUAGGCCAGGGAGGGGCGGGAUUCCACCGUUAGGUCAAGAAUAAAUUCAUUUUAUGCAAGGUCCAUAAUCAUGUUUUUUCUACUGUUCAAGGAAAUAUCCAGGGAAAAAGACUUCAAGUAGCUUUUGUCGAACAAUUAGAUCACCUUGACAAUCUUCGAACGUUCAACUGAUAUUUAAUGUUGUUUGAUUUGAGGCGGGUUACCGAACUCGAGGAAGUCGUAAAUUCCAGCGAUGCCCUUUGGACCGAUGCGGCUAUGCUGGGCGCAGGCAGAAAGAAGAAACAGAAGUUACGGAAGUGAGUAUAUCUUUUGCUCGAACCAAAAAAUAUUCUCAUUUUUACAUUAUCCAGUACUUGAAAUAUGUUGGAUCUCCCAAAAACGUGUGCGCUCCACCCCACUAGAUGAAUACGAACCACAAUCAAAUUAGAUGAGAGAGCGUAGAUGCCGAAAUGUGGAUGAUGUCAAGACGUAGGAGACUGAACUGUAGACUGUCGAUAGGAUUCGCGGAAGGUGCCACGUUGGUUGUACAGUGCUCAUCACGGUUCCUGGCAUCUAAAGCAGACGUUUUAAACCAAAAAUACAACUCAAAUAAAAGGGCGUCAAGGAUGAUUGUUUUUGUUAUACUGAUUCCUUGCAUUUAUAUAUACAUAUGCUUGCUUAUAGUAUGUACAGCAUAGUAUGUAUAUGCAUGUAUAUGGCAUAUAUACAUAUAUAUAUAUAUAAUCCGCUUAUAAUGAAUCCGAUCAGUGAGGCACAUUAUUCUGUUUUCGAUAUAGGCACAGCAUGAUUGGAUGGGUCAUUUGCUCUCCUUAAUAACCGAGUAAUAAAAUGUGGACAACGGGAGAUAUUCAAAUGGAACGAUCCAAAUUAUUGCUGGAGUGCGAACAUGACGUGCAAAUAUCACUGACAAAGUACAUUGAACACCCAACAGGAGACUGCAGGAACAUUGGCUAUUCAGCGAAAGACAUGUCAAGCCGACUAAAGUGCGGAAUAAAACGGAAAAGUAACAAUAAACCCGACAGUUUGACCGUUGCAGCGAUAACACCCACCGUGUGCCACAGGAAGGUGGCGAAGUACCGAUGACUUGCGCGUGAAUUAGCUUAUAGUGGGGCAGACUUUCGUGGCAUCUAUCACAUUGUUUCCAAUGCAGGACACUGUCGAGAUGGGCAGGAGGCGUAGUGGUUCACAAGGUUGAACAGCCCGACUACGUCUGUCACACACGACCGGGUCCCCGUUAAAUGUAUCAGGUUUCUUUAAAGGCAGCUCGGAUCUCAUAUCAGUGAGAGUGCCAUAAAGACCACAUUAAGAAACAGCCAUUGAGCCUUACUCUCAGUAUUAAGAAGGAUUGAAAUACCCCGUUAAUUGGCAAUCUGCCAAGCCAGCAAUAUAAGCUCGUCAUGAUAGAUCCACGCGGGUUAGGUUUUUUUAUUGGUAAGGAAUGCGCUGAUGUGCAGUGUCGGCAUCAUCCUCUCCUCUCUCCCAUGCGCCAGUCGACUGUCCGAAAGUGGCAACCAUAUGAUGAUUAGAUUGGACACGGAGACUGACGCUGCAUGAAGGCCUACGUCUAAGGCGGGCCCAACACAUGUACUCGGGCCUUGCGCUGCCCGGUAAACACGUGCCUGUCAACCUGACUCUUGUUCUGAUUCAGUGUAUAUACAAUGCAGCCCAUUGUUAUGGUCAGCGGUCAGUAUACACAACGUCAGUCAGCCCAGUCGGCCCAGUUGAAUUAAGCUUGAAACUACCUGCGCCAUCUCAAUGCUUUCUACAACUGAACUGUUAAACAGCUAAUUAACGUAGUCAUGAAAACUCACCAUCGUGCGAAUUGCAUGAAAUUUAUUCCUGUAGAGGCAACUGCCACCUGUACUCCUCUUUCUUUCUAUUUUUUCUUUCUUUCCUCUUCUGCGUUGAUAUAAGUAGCAUUUGCAGAUCUCGUUUUCGCAGUAUAGAGGUGUAGAUUAUCAGAUGAGAUCAGAUUUAUUAAGGCAAAGGUAGGCGAGCGCCUUUGAACGCCAUUUUGGUUAAAAUAACGUCAUAAAAACAAUGUGUAAGGCAAGUGUCAAAGAAAAUUAGGUAAGUAAUUACAUAUAACAAGCAUUGGCUACUGGUAUAAGUUUGUCUGUGAAUGCCUUCUGUGUCAAAAUUGUACAAUAAUCAGUACGCGGUACUGAAUGGACCAAGUAACAUCGAAGCAAACGUAUAUGCUCCUGCCGGGAGAUAACGACACGUAAUAAAAUAAUGCUACUUAAAUAUAGAGAGUGGCAUGCUUUACAACGCAAAACUUAGGGGUGUGGUACAGGGGGAUAAAUAGUUUCUGAUGCCGUGGAGGUACAUACCCCUGUACUGGUCAAGCUUCCUCUUAAGUGUCCACGGAUGAGGACAUGACGACGUCCACAGGCAGGGCAUUCUAUGCCUUUACCAAUCUGUGGCUGAAGAAAGACCUCCUUGCGUCCAGUCUCGCCCUGUCACCCGUAGUUUCAGAGAAUGUCCUCUCAAGCUAGUAGUGGUGCAAAACAUGCAUGGGCAAGAAUUACUACAAAGCUUUCUUGUUUCAAAAGUCUUUCCAGGGCGAGACUGUCCUGGGCGUAUGUUGUGUUUUUAUUAGGCUGUAGGUGGACAAAUUCACCGCCUUUCUCUCAGGGGCUCUAUUUAUUUUUGAAGCUAAGAAGCGGAAUUAAAUAUAUAAAUGCCCCCAAGCUCGGGCCUUGCAACAGGCAAUAGUCCGCAAUAAACAAAGAAACACAGAUAGGUGUACUACGGAUUAUAGGCUUUCCCAUCAGCAUACUUGAUUGGUCAAAUAUAUGUCAAAACCUCUCUGUCUAGUUCUCAAAUUAAGCAAAACAACGAAGUUUUCUUAACACUUGCCCACCAUGACUGAUUUACCAUACAAGAAUCAAGGUCACACAAGUAACCUCUGGCACUUAGUGCUGUCGUAGGGCCUGGACCAAACUGUGCUGGAGGGGCUUCAUGGCGCAGUCCGAGAAGUUAAUAUUUUAAACAUAACUGAAUAAUGAUGGUUCCACCGUCCUGCCCGACGUUGUCCACCGUGUGCUUCACAACAAUGUGCCGCAGACACCGUGACUUGCGUGUGAAUUCGUUUAUAGUAGGGGUAUACUUUCGCAGCAUCUACUGCACCCACUCUUCCCCCCACCUGGACUCGGUGUCAAGACAUAGUCAAGAAGAACGGAGGUGAGGGAGGUCGCAAGUAGCUCGUACGGCCGGACCCGCGCCUAGACGUACCGCCACACCUCCUGGUCCGCAAUAAACACUUGAUCAGGAUUUUAACCAACAAAAACAGUACCAAAACGGCAUGGUUAACGUCUGGGAUUUGAACAAGUGACCCAUUCCAUCCCAGUCUCCAAAAGCAAGUAACGGAAGGUAGUUUGCUUGUACGAUUAUUUCUAGAGUGAGUUGCGCUGGGAGCGUAUCCACGUCACCUGUACUAUUAAAAACUUGCAGCAUCAUGAAUAAGUUUUCUUAAAAACAAAAGAUGAACAUCUUCUCGGACUGGGCCAUGACCUCCUUUCUCCAAGUUUGGUCCAGACCCUAGGACGAGGACAUGCACUGGUAGAGCGUUCGUUUUUGACAAAAAGAAUAGCUAACCCAUACUCUCGUGAUCCCUCACGAUGUCUUCCAUAUACUGGGUUUUACAUAAGAUUUUGGUGCGAUCCAGGUUUCCUUUACAAACAAAUGCAGAACCAAAGUUCGCUCUGGGCAGCUCACGUAAAAAGGGACUUUUGGCACCGAGAAAAUUUAAGUCGAAGUGUCCAAAGCGAUGGAAAGGUGACAAAGGCACGAAGAAGACAAUCGAAAUCAUCUGUCAUUUCAAUCGUAGGUUAGGAUCGACACAGCGCAGCUGGGGCAUCCAACGCAAAAAUUUAUGUGACUUCUGAAGUCAUGCGGUGAAGUAGAAAGAGAGCCGCUUUAUGAAGAAACUAUUCAACAAACGCUCUAUUAUUGCGGACGGGUAAAACCCAUCAAGCGUGAUAACCUCUUAUGUGAGCGAGGACGACAUGCAACGACAAGUAAUUCAGAGAGGUAACUUGCUGAUCUUCUACAGUUGCGCAAAUAUCAGUUCUUAGAAAUUUUGCGAAAAAUCCUGGUACUUAUGUUCAAGUCAACUGAAGGCAACUUAAGGUGCCGUACUGUCCUGGAGCUACCCUGAAAUCGAUGAAACAGCAAGUAAAUCAUUCGGCCUCGUAAAAGAGGGAGGGAACCAAUGUACUAAUAGAAAGACACGACGAAAGGUAUUCAGUGAGACUGCAUUGUGAACAUCAAGUAGUCGCAUUCAGUUUCGGGCAGAUGUACACGCACAAAAGCUGAUUGCAUGUUUUCGUAGCAUGUCGCAGCCCUAUAAACUAAAGAAGUAGGCGAAGUCUCAGACGACUGGAAAGGUUCUUUAAAUGUCUUCAAUGAAAAAACUUCGUAGCUAAACUCAUAUACGACAAGGCUUUAAGAAGGGAAAUUCAGACCACGAGUGGAUCCCUGUAGGAUUGAAUAAAGGAAGAAUGUCCUCACGGACGCAUCUUUUAUUAAUCCACCAAUCAAAAUUACGCAUGAUAAAGUAGUCGAAAUCAGUCUGUGCAAAUUCCAAAAGUAAACUAUUCCGUACUUAUCCCCAGGGCAAUGCAAGUCACUGUUAACGAGUCCGGGACGUCAGAAACCUCCGUGUCUCCGCCUCUGGAUGAUCGGCCAGCAGCAACAGCAGCAACGACUUCUGCUCGUCCUGCGUAAUAAAACUUUUCGUCACUUUCGCAAAUGUCACUUUAAUGGUGUUUUGCUUUAUUAAACGACCACUUUUUGUGAAUGUAGGAAAGACAGUAUUCCAGCAUUAAUGGAUAUACAUAUUACCUCAGCAUGGGGUGAUCUGUCCGGUGCGGGACCUACCAAGCAGCCAAGCUGGUGAGUUACACAUGAAAUGUCAGACAUAUAGAUGCAGUUUCUUGUCUUGAGUUGCCAGCCGGAUGUUGUGUCUUUCCGGUUUACAGACUGGAGGGAGACUAGAAUAUCCUGUUUUAGAAAAAAUUCCUGACUACUACUACUACUACUACUACCAUCAUCACUGAUGAACAAUGUAAGCCUGAGUUUUAAGGCAGUCCAACUAUGGUUUAAUGGGGAUCCAUAUAUCUUGAAUUCCGAAGAUGAUAGUAUUAGAUAAGCAAUCUGGCCAAAAUGAUAAGUCAGAAGAAGCUACAGUUCGGCGACUUCCACGCUAGUAAUAAUGCACAUGGAAAUAACUACGACGUUCUGCAUGGGACGAAUGAAUCAGGAUGUAUGCGAGCCCGUUGUUUUCAGAAAAUCAGACGUCUUAUUAAUUUUUGAAAUUCAGAUUUGCAAAGCUAUAUGAUUUCCUGCCCUAACAUGCAACAAUAACGCAUACGUUUCUGACGUUUGCGAGUAUUCUAUGAGUUACCGCGGAAAGGGCCAAUAUAAACAACCGUUGAAACUUUUGAGUAUGUGGUAUAAUACUUUGUCUUGUGAUGUCCCUAUCAGCGAAAUCAAAUUAAAUCUUCUUUACUUUAAUUGACUGCAUCUCAAUCAAUAUAAGAACGGAGAAGGCAUUGAAUGCCCCUUUCAAGGUUUUAGAACCCACAGUUAUAUAUUACGCCCUUAUUUAUGCGCCAUACUUUACAUACACAGAUUCUUCGAGGAAAUUUACUAAAAUAUAUAUAAAGACGACUUUUUGCAUGGACGGACUUUACGUACUUCCAAAAACUGAGUUUGCCCAGUUCAUACGGAUUUUUGCGUUUUCAGCGUUUCCCCCUUCCCUAACAAAGUAGUUAAUUAUGACAAAGGUAAUAUUACAUCUGAUAGGUUUUCGCUGUUAUAAUUGGAUUGAAAGUCAUUCAUUAUUUGGUGUUUUGGUCGAUGCAUUUAUGCUGGCUUUCGGUUGAUUAGAGUUGCAACAGGUACCCUAGCUAUCAUCUUGGGGCAAAAGCGUGAUGAAUUGGCAUUUUGUAGGCGCCUGACAUGAAUAUGCAGCUGCAUAUACUUUGUGUUUCGGUCAAGACCCACUAGUGGAGCAGCAAAAGGUCACUGGGAACACUGUUCGGAGCUUUUACCUAGCAGAUGGCUGAUGUUCCCAUAGCCUUCAACCUACGACCUGCUGUAUUUAAAAGCACCCCAUAUCUUUGAUGUUACAUGUGUGACUAACGGGUAAUUUCUAAGAAGACCGGGUACUGAGACAUCCGAAACCAGACCAAUUAGUUGAUGUUUUCUAAUUUAUGAAGGCGAUAAAGCACGUUAAUGAAUUUGUAACCCCAAAGGUCAAUCCAAAAUACAACAAGCAUACCAAAGUUGAUGGACCUUGACCCCACUGCCGCCUGGGGUGACUUGCCCGCAACAAAAACCGCCGCACAGUCAGUGGAAAAGUAAGUUUUCUAGAAAUUUAAAAAUUGGUCUACUCUUCAAAACCUUAAAAAAGCCAAGACACAAAUGAUAUAUCUCCUUUUUGAGCAGCCAUAAAAUCAAUCCACGGCUUUUUCAAAGAAUUUUAGACAGGUCAGAUAUCACCCUAGUUAGAGAAAUAGCAACUAGUUUAGAAGACCGAAAGUUUUGUAAGUCAAAUAGAUAUUUUUCAAUUAACAAGAAGAAGUCAAGAUUUUUGCUUAAGUGCUGUUUGGCUGUUGGCAUACAAACCACACAUUUAUGUGCUCGUGCCUCGAAAGGUUGGCAAGCGACGGAAUACCAUGUUCCUCGUGGUUAUUACUAUAUUUACAGUAUGUACUACAUGUGUAGUAGCCGGCUGAAGGACUGAGAGUCAGGACUGAUCGCUUUGACACUGUCUUCUAAUCAGAACCUGGUGAGUGUGAGAGGAGAGAGUUCGGUAGAUGCUUUGCAAGUCCGACAUCACUAUAAAGUGAUUCAAGUGCAAAUAAACACUGUUGUGCGCACUCUGUGGGGCAUAUGAUGGACGUUCUCGUUCGUGACAGCCGAAAUGUCACAUUAUUUCUGUGCUCCUAAGACCUCACACUGACCGAUAGGAGACAAAGUUUUGAAGAUUAGAACCGAAUUACUUGACCUCCCACGUACUUUAUAAACAUGCUUAUUCGUGCUGGUUAAUUCAUACGUAAAACUAUUUUCUCAGCUUACUGCAUCAUACUGAUUUUGAAAAUAAUGGUUUUCAAAAGAAGGUUUGCCCAUUAAAUUGGUGGGAUACCUAACAAAUGAAAUUCCCCAUCUUUUUUGCACACAGAUAAUGCAUAAGUCUGGAUCUGUUGCCGAAUUAUAUCGCAAUUACCUUAAUGUUUCCUCUCUCAGAGUCUACACUACCUCCAUGGUGGGUGUAAGAAGCGGGUUGCACAAAAACAGCUCACAAGUCCUGGGAAGAUGACCAAAAUUACUCUGUAUAGUCCACGCGAUCCAAGAAUCCGCACAUCUAUAUUCUUAUUUCCGAGCAACAUAAAACCCCGAAAUAACUGACCAUCCUUAAUAACAUAGAGAUGGGAAAAGUGGCUUCUGGUUUGUUAAGAGAAGUUUAGUUCCACCACUUGGUAGUCAAAAGUCUGAAUUUAUUCAAAAGUGGAAUGGACUUAGUGACAAAAGUUUGAAACUACAAAUUCAAGCAAACUCAAGUAAUUAUUGUAAAAUGCAACAAAAUCUUGAGAUCAAAGUUGUUUUUGAGCAAGAUCUGCUCUUCAAAAGGGUUAAAGAAUGUUUUCUUACUAAAGGGCUAAAGUGUCAGGUCUCGCUGAAGUAAAUCCAUGGGCCCGUGGUAGUUCGCUGAAAGUCAGUGUUGCUGGAAACCAGGCCGGAAGGUAAGAACCUACUUUAAUUAUCUUAAAUACUGAAUCAAAAUGUGUGAUAUUUCCGGUACUUUCAAGACACACACUUGAUGCAUCAAAUCAAUCACUACCUUUGCAUAUAUAAGCGGUUUAUUCUUGUGAGCUGAAACGUCCAAUUGACUGGAGCAUCUAGCUGUAAGAACCGUCUACUGAACACGAAUUAUAAUCGGGAAAAGGAUACUUUUUUAACUAUUAUCCAAGGGCAGCUAACCUUAUAUUCUUGCUGUCACAGUAACUGUGCCUGUUCUAUCUGCACCUCUGAAGUACGAUCAUAAAAAGGUGAAAAUGGGCAGCAGCUAUUCUAACAAACAGGUGUUCACGGCAGACUUUAAUAAUUUAUUUGAUCCACUUGCGAAAAUGUCGGUGACCUCGGCCAGAUUCGGACCCAAACACGGAAAAGGCUCGAGUACAGCCGAUACCAACGACCUGGUCCACGAACCUGUCAGUGGGGCCUGGUAGUCAUUUGGAAGGUCCUAGAUUGAUUGCUUAGCCAGUCAGCUUUCUGUAUCAGAAUUGGUGAACCCUAUAAACCGUAGUAGGCUCGGCGAGUAGUUUGACUCAAAUGUGAUUAACCUCGUGGCUCUUGGUGGGACCUCGUAACUUAGGUGGUUAGAAAAUUGGCUGUACUCAAGCCUAGCAGUUCCCGUCACGGGUUCAAAUUCCGCCGAGACUGCCAAGUUUUUCGUAAUUGGCAGUUCACUUUAAAGGCGACAUUUCAUUUUUUAUAUUGUGCCCGUUUCACCAUCUUGAGGAGUAUCUAUUUAUGCUCGGUCGGGCUAUCUCUACCGACUAAACACUAAGGAGACAGUCGCCCAAUGAACCUCCAUCUAAGCGUUUUCCUGAACAUUUGUCAAUGUAAUUAAAUAGACUGCCUCAUGUGAGGACUAUAAAAAUGCUUGCAUUUUCUUCUAAACAGAGAUGCUACUACAGUUAGGAAUUCGCCAACCCCCGAGGAAGCCGCGGAACUUACCUUCCAAGAAGUCGGACGUAGACGGAAACAGAAGGAAUCGAAGUAGUUUUUGUUUCAAGUUAUUUUAUGCCUUUAAAGUGUUUUCUCCUCGAACUGAACGACAAACAAACGCCUGCAUUUGUGCUGAUGGUCAUUUCCCGCAGUCGGGCGUCUUCCGCAAAGUCAUCUUGAGAUAAUGUUGCAAGGCGAGCCUAGGGUUUCCUCGAAAGUAAAGUAAAGACAAAGCGUCCAUUUGUUUCCCUUAUCACAUCUUCUGGAUUUGGUUGUUGUUGCAAUUCAAAGCGUUUGCACCACCAGUGUUUUGAUUGGCCUAGCUCACGACGUGUGGUCAACGCCUUGUGUGUGGCACGCGCAGACGGGCCAUUUGACUGUCAGCCACUAUACCCGAACCCAGUUCCAGUUGUCUUGACAUUGUCUUACCAUCGACACAAAGUCGGUGAGGGCGGGGAAAGUGCGACCUUAGCUGCGCAAGUCUAACGCACUAUACGAUGUUUCAGGCGUCGGUCAGUGGUGCUACACGGCCUCCGCGUAUUACGUGGCGGGUGUCAGUUCCUGUGACGGUCGAACUGUCAGUGCUUUGAUAACCGAUUUAAAUGGGAGUAAUCUUUGAGCUUCGUCUGCAGCUAACAGAAUCGAAGAGGAUUUUAUCUGCCCAAUGAAACAGCAUGCACUGAUCUAUCCUGGUUGCAGGACGGAAAUGCACGUUGUUGUUCUGCAAUCACGAUAAAGCGGUCUCAGCCAAUAUGGUGUGGGUCCUCAAUGCGCUGCUGGUAAAUGUGAUUGACGAUCAGCUGACUUGGGUUCAAACUUGGGCGCGUUUGUUGAGACUGGGGUAUGAGUAGCUGAUGACGGCUUCUAAUUGGGAAGUGACCAUUCUAGUGUUUCUGUGUUUUUCGGUAAGUAUUUAGAAGGAAUUCUAUUUGCUUUCGUCAGAAUAUCCGGUUUACUUGUUUUUCAAGGUGGUUAGAAUUAUGAUCAGUGCCAGUCUUUCAGUUUUAGAAACAAUGUUUACUGUAAGCAUGAAGGGAUCAAGUAGACUAUUAUUGACAAUUGGCUUUAUUGCAAACGACCAUGUUGAGAAAAAGUGUCUCUUGCUAGCAGCCCCAUAAGUAGCAGAAAGCCAACGAAAUAAGUCGAUUACACAUCGUACCACUUGUUUUUUAGGCAGAAUGAAGAAGCGGAGAGAAACCAACUGGGAAGGGAAUCAAGCACGUCCUCCGCUAGCUCUUUGUGUUCUGGGGACGGUGUCUCAGUUCCGAAGAAAUCGUUCAAGAAACAGUGAGUUAGGGCUGAACCUUUUCAAUGCUCCUCUAAGGUCUUUUGAAAGGUUUCUCAAACGGCCUCAGUUUACGUCUAAGAUGGAGGUCAGCGGCAUUGUAACUGGGUGCAGUUAAAACAGAAAUGGGUAAACAAACUGAUUAAGUUGACUGUCGAACUAAAGUAUGGGAAGCGCUCAUUAAGAUAACUAGUGGAGACGCGAGCUGACCUGACGUAUGAAAGGACAGGAUAGGGGGGUGGAAAAAGUGAAAGGUUGUUUCUAAAAAUAAAAGACCGGAUUGAAUGGGAAAAGGUGUGAACUGAAAAGUAGAAAGGACUAGUGUCGGUCAGUUAACAACAGAUUGUGCUGACCAUUUGACGGAAAAAGAAGAGCGAACUGUGUGUGUCCGUUUUGCCGGCUGGCAUUGAUCCCUACUCCGUCGGGUCUAUGUCCCCCAAACACAUUGUUCGCCUGAAGCACGCUGCACUGCGACAACACGGAUAAUUGCAUUGUCGACUUUUCUGGAACAGUCGACGUCUGGUUUGAACAUUUGAAGCAAUUUCCCUACACUAAGACGGAUGAGUUGACAGACACUUUUGAGGGGCAGUGCAUUCUCCUAUGCUCUUGCGGUUGGUCAGGGGAAUAAGGACUUCCUCUUACCCAAGCGGCCUUACGCUAACUUCCAGUGAGACACCUGUUUCCGUGCCCUAGCUUAAACUCUAGUCCUAACAGCAACAAGAGCCCAACGCCCAUUACCCUAACCAUGUCCACAAUCCCAGUCUUCUUCCCCUAACUCCAACACUAAGUGGUUAGAGCGAUGGCUGUACUUAAGCCUUCCCCUUACUGCGUGGGUUCGAAUCCCACCGAGGCGGCGAGUUUUUCGUAGUUGGGUCAUAUGAAUUAUUAAAAAUCUGCCAAAAAACUUAUGAAGUUAGUUUUACUCUAAGCUCAGCCCUCCUGGAACUUGGCGCAGGGAUACCUCUGAUAUGCGGGGGGGGGUCCAUAUUCCCAUGCCAUACUGAGUAUGAGAAAUAACUCAAAAACUGGCUGCUGAUACUCAUGAUACCCCAAGGUCGGUUGCAGUAAUUUCACUGAAUUCCUGACGAUUCGACAUUACCAGCCCUUUGGACCUUGGAAGUGUUGCCCCCACGUCCACAAUAUCGUACUUCAGGGGAAAUGCUUUUAAUGGAACGCCAACUGUGUUUUGGCAGAUUUUGAAUAAUUCAUAUUGACCCAACUCGAGUCGUCCGGCGGAGCCUCGUAGCUCAGGUGGUUAGAGCGUUGGAUGCACUAAAGCCCUCACCUUAGUGCGUGGGUUCGAAUCCAACCGAGGCGCUGAGAUUUUCACAGUUGGGUCAAUAUGAAUUAUUCAAAAUUUGCCAAAACAUCUAUGAAAUCCGUGUAAGAGAAUGCCUGUUCGUGGAAAUUACAAUCAAGCCACAUGAGUAUUAGAAAUGUUCUUUGGUACCUUAGCGUUUCGGUACAUCGCUUUACGUGGGUCCGUAUUGUGCAACGAGUUUUGGCGACUAAAUUCGGGACACCGUCGAAAUCUCCAUUUCAGUUUUAUUUACAGUAAAUGUCGCUUAGUUUUGGAGAGGGGUGAUGAUGUCAUACCAGCAGGAUAUUCCCUGCGAUGAAUGUUGGAUAAUUCACCAUACUAACGGCACAGUUACUAGGUAAAAGCCUCGAGAUAUGUUUCGCCGAUCCUCUGUCGCUGCAAGACGUAACUGUGAGGAUUUCGGCUUAUCAGUGAAGUCCUCAGCUUUCCACUUAAGUUUUGCGGAAUAUACUUCAGUCUAGUGUGUUAAGUUUUCCAAUUUUCCUAGGAAUACGUCCAAUAACUUGGAGCAAGUCCUUCGUGACAAACCUUUUUAGGCUCGGCCCAAAAGUUGAUCAGAAUAUUUAAACUGAAUUCCAUAGCUUCUGCGGGGUAACCGCUUGAUAUAAUAGAGUUUGAAUGUUGAUUUUGACGAUGUCUGCCAUGUGCUCCGAAGUAGUACAAUGUUUUCUAUUUAUUUUGGUCAUGUUUAUAUAUUCAAAUAAAUUUUGUAGAAAACAUGAGUUAAAACGUGUCUUCUUUUGCUCAAGUAAGUUAAAAACCAUGCCCUCCUCAAAUUUUGUUUAUCAGAAAAGGACAUCUUUCGGUUUUAGAAGUUUUUCAUAUCGUGAAUAAUUUUAAGUUAAAUCUUCUGUCGCAUUUGCGUUCGGGGUUUAGAGUUUAAAAACUGCGUACUUUCCAUGUAGAGAAAAUCCCAUAUGUCACUUUAUCAUUACAAAGAUAUCAUAAAUGGGACAACAACUUUCGCCGUGGAUGCGGAAUAUGCUGUAUACAACAUGAGCAGCAUUAAUAAACGCACAUAUGAGAUAAUAUCUAAAUUUACAUUUCACGGUCUAAAAAGUCCCAUAAUUAUAAUUUUUUGGAACCGAAAUAUCCUCUCUUUAAAUAUCAAAUUUCAAGAAGACGUGAUUUUCUAAUUAAUGAGCAAAAACACACUUUAACGCGUGUAUGUAUAAAGGAUAUCCAAGAAUAACAGAAAAAUACAUACUACUCAAGUGGUAAUUUUAUCCAGUGAGAUUUUUGCAAGCCACCGAGCAGCAGUGCCUUUGAAAUUCUGUAUCCUGCUGUGACUGAAUUAUCCUGGGUGUAUGCUGUACGAUGUUUAAGGUGACAACCCCACUUAGGUAAUUCUUAUUAGUCAAAAACGUAUUCCAGAAUUUCGGCGGUCAGUGACCGCACCUCCCAAAAGUAAUUGCUUCUUCGAAAACUUUUUUAAAUGUAAAGUAUAGGUAAUUUUUACUGCCGUGAGUGGGGCCUAAAGAGGCCCGUGAAAAUCUUUUCUUAUUUUUUAGAGUGGCGAUCGAAGGAACUUGCCCCGCCUUAGCGACUGGCAAGCCCUUACCAAAGCGCCCAGACAGGGGUGGACGGAUCGGAAACGCCAUUACGGUUCACGUGAACUGUUGGGACGCAAAAGUCGCUGAUCUGACCAUAUACAUGUAUGACAUUGAAGCAUUAAAACUCUUUAAAAUUGUGGACGGCAAGAAAAUAGAUAUGAAAUUUGAAAAGCCAAAAGUUCUUCGGGAGUUUCUACGGCCAGUUAUUGACCGGUAAGUACCGCAUAUUGUCCUCUUCACGUCAUAAAGAGUACACUUUGCUCAAACGCUAUUGGAUGUCCAACCUUGUUUAGUGUAUAAUGAGUUUUGAUGGCGACAACGAACUCUUUAAAAACAUUCCUAGAUGGUAAUGAUUAUAAUGGUAGUUACCUUGCAGCGAUGACAAAAAUUAAAUCCUAAUGUUUUUUCCAAAGGUAUUAAAAAUUUUCAAACUAGCGUUCUAAAACGGUUCUGUUUUGGACUGUUCCCUUAAAAUCUUUUUAAUAUUUCAUUGUAAGUAAAGACACGGGGCUAAAAACUUCUCCUUUAAUACAGACGGCCUUGAUUCAAAAUUUCAAGAAAUAUACUUAUUCCCUUGUCCUGACCCUAACUCUAAGUCUAAACUUAACCUUAGCCCUGACCUCCCCGGAAUUUGGCCCAGGGUCACAUGUAUUACUGGAGGAGGGCUCCUAUUCCUGUGUUCUGCCGAAUAUGCAUACAAGAGAGUGACAACGCAGAAGAUGUCGUGCGUUAUCACAAAAAAUCCCCAUAACGCAGAACCCGUCCAAACCGUCUUCUCAAAAGUUCUAUAGCAGUGAAUAAGAGACAGUUCCUAAAAAGGCAUAAUUGGGUUUGCAAGUUAAUAUUUAAGAACGUAAACAUAAUUAAUUUUCACUUCAAAUUCUGACAGUGUCUUAAUUUGCAAUCGUAAGGUCCGCUUUAGUUUCUGGGAGGCAAGAAGUUGAAGGAUGCCCAAGCAUGACUGACAAGCAGUUGGAACCAUGUCUACCCUCAGCCAGGUGUUUAACCAAAUUUCGGCGAAUGGGACCAAAAUCCAGGGGUUCAUAGAACGUUGAAUUCGUAGUAGGUGAAGUGUGGAGUGUCAGCAUUUAUGACUAAAGUAUGGGGAUGGGUUUACGUACGGUGUUAUAACCUGAAAGGUGAUCAGACCUAUAAAAGCGAAUUAUCACUAACUACCCAACCGUUACCGUCCGGAAAGAUAUGGGUUACUGUAAUGUUGAGCUAAACGGCAAUGACUUCGCAUACGCUGUCGGAUCUUCAUUGAGAACGGUGCGUAAACACGGGCUCCCCGCAGUACAGGUGGAUUUGCGCUGAUUUUCAGGGGCUUAUUGCUAUCAUUAGUGCUCAGAGUGUUAGGACGAGGGUGAUAGUCAAGAUUAUUAUUUGGGUUAAAGUUAAGACACGAAGAUAAGUAUGCCCUGGAGUUUAGGACAAGACCGCCUGUGGAGCAGGAGGCUUUAUUCCCGUAUCCGACCCUUCAUUGUUUUUAGGAAAUCAAAGCAGUAACUGUUUGAACCACUUGCGCUGCGCGUUUGGAAAUGACUCCUCUGCAAUCACCGCAUAUGUUCUGUCUGUUAUUGUGGCAUUAUAAGGGCGUCACCGGACCCCAAAGAUUAACUUUGCAGGAAAAUUAGUAACUGCACUAACUAUGAUUUUUCAAAAUCAUGGUGACUAUAGCACUUUAGACAAGUGUGGUCCAGUACUGGCUAGAGGCAUCAGACAUAGUGCAAAACUACCCGUUGCCGGUCAAUUGACGGGAUAUCAUUUUUAUCCUUAAAAUCUCUCAUCCACCAUAGGAAACAGAUGUAAAUUAGAAAACAAAGUUCCGUUUUAUACACUUCUUCCUAAACCUCGUACCCAUGCCGAAUACUUCCUUUAAAAGGGUAAAUUUUUUGACGCUAAUAAGUGGAAAUAAUGUUAAAAGACAAAAGCAGGGGUUAAAGUGUGGCCGUAGACUGUGAAAGUUCUUGUAAACCCUUGACGCUCUGCUACACUACCCUUCCAGCGAAUCCACAAAGAGGGUCUUUCAGAGUUUAAACUGAGUGUCCAUCUGCAUGGAUCUUGCGAAAAUUCUACAUAUUCAGGCAAAAGUCUCUAUUUGGAUGUUAAAUCGAAACUACGCUUAAUCUAUUUCCCUAGGGCGCUGGGCAAAGUUUUACGGAGAAGGAAGAGUGCCCUCUCAACGACUGACCUUACGAGUUAGGGCAAUCCCGGGGUCACCUUUUGUCAAAUUUAUCUUCAUUGGUUUAAAAAGACCUGCGCCUCUGCGCAUAACAUAUGGGUUGUUUGAAAAGAAAUGUUGCAUAUUUCUAUUCUAGCGACAGUUAGUUCUUUUCAUACGCAAAAAAUGAUAAGAUUGGCUUGUUGCAGUAGUUGGUUAAACAUGUAAUCUAACUUAACACUAGCUUGCGAAAAACUCGGCAGUUUCACUGGGAUUCGAACCCGCGACAGUAAAAGCGCGCCUUGAGCACAGUUAAUGUUAUAACUGCCCAACCGACGGCCUUGAUUUUUCCUUAAUUGGACUAGGUUGCCCGCUAAGUUUCCAUACCUAGUUAUAAAUCGUAGAUUUCAAAUUGAGCGUUUAGACAAACCUGCUUGGACAGACAACCUGAGUGAGGACAGAUGAAUUCCAUAACUUGGAGUAGGUUGGGUGGAUAACGUUCAAAUAUGAAAAGCCCAAGGCGCUCAGUAGAGACCUCAUAGUUCAGUUGUUUAAAACGUUGAUUGCACUCAGGUAGCGCUCUUGAUGCAUGGGUUCGUAUUCCACCUAGGCCGCCCAGCUCUUCAUAACUGAAUAUUCGGUCAAAUUAUUCGGAUCUGCCAAAAUGCACAUUAAGAAUGGGUCCUUGCUGCUGAAACGUAUUAGGUAGCUUGGGCUUCUUUGAAAUUGGGGUCGUGGACUUGAGCUAGGGUUAGGGCCAAGGUCAGAUUGCUGUUCUAUUAACUUUAAUCGCUAGCCGUGAGCUUGACACAGCAUUUGCUUUAAACGGGCGUUAUAAAUACAUUACGCACCCCAUGUGACAGCAUGCGCUGCUGGCUACAGUCAUAGAAUACUUACUCCCUACCUUUUCACUAUAAAUAUCAAAUACUGCGUACUGUUGUAUGAGGAGGUUUUUACAUGUUUCACUGGUUCCGGCGUUGAUUACUGCCAGUAAGAGUCUCACAUUGAGGACAGGGCCACUUCGGCAUUCUCAUUAGUGUAUCUCAGGUAGCGCGGUUGGUUUCUGUCAGUGUUUGAUGUGCAUAAGCGAAUAUAAAAGAUUACAGCGAUCCAUAUUUAUCGCGGCGAGUGCAUUCCUGACACUCCUACCCGAGAAGUGAAAAUUUGCGAAGUAAAAGCCACAUGUUUUAUGGUUAUUUUUAUAUAUUUUAAGCCCCAUAUACCCCCUCACAUUCCUAUAAACAUUUCUCGCAUAGCAUAUAUAGCAUAAACCCUUUAUAUUCCCCUGGAUAUUAAGUGUGACUAAACUCACAUCUCUCGGUGCGGUCUUGUGGCUCGGAUGGCUGGAGCGUUGGCUGUAAUUAAGCCUUCCCCUAGCUGCUAUGGGCUCGAACCCCAUCGAGGUCGCCAACUUUUUCAUUGAUAGGUCAAGAUAAAUUAAGUAGGAUUCGUUGAAAUUACCUGUGUAGACACACUGAUUUUAUCUACACACAAUUAAACUGAUGAAGCAUGUUCCAGAAAUAACAAAGACCACUGUCCGCAAAAAUCCUCGAAAAGACGAAAAAUUCGCGAAGGUGAAGCCGCGACAUUCGAUGCGCGAUAUAGCGAAGGAUUAAUACGCAUGAAAUUUUUUACCGUGCUCGCUCACUUUUAGUGCUCUCACCAGUACAGUCCCAAUUUUUACCAAAUUCCCUUUACUGGCGGCUUAACGAUCGACUUUAGGGCAAUGUUAAUACAUCUCAAUCUAACCUACCGGGUUCUUAUGGGUUUAUAGCUUUGUGCCUCACCAGUUUUUCACUGAAACCAUUGGUCUGUCUGUUGGAACCCCCACCGGGCAGCCUACUGAACCAGAUGACUGUCCGACUGUCUUGUCCGAUAGUGUCCACCGUGUGCUCCACAACAAGUUGAAACAGGCAAGGUGACUUGUGCGUAAAUUAAUUUAUGGUGCGGGUGUACUUGCACAGAAUUUACCCCACUCUCUGCUCCUCCAUUUGGAUCCGGUAUCAAAACAGAGCCAAGAAGACCGGAGCAGGAGAGGACGCAGGUGGUUGACACGGCGAAAACCCCCACCCAGGCGUACCACCACACCCUCUGGUCCACAACGCACACUUGACUAGGACUUUAUCCAAAAACGGCACGACAACGGGUUAGAAAGACGAGGAUAACUGGGCAGCCAUGCUCACGACCUGCAUACCCGGAGAGAGCGCAAACGCAUCUACCGGAAGAGAACUAGGUGCCAAAGAACUGCCAACGCGCACCAGGCUGUGAGAGCCAUGGUUUACUGACCCUGGCAUAGCAGGCGCUUACAAUCCUUGAGGUCCAAAAGAGUGACAAACAGCCCUGCAUUUAGCCUGAGUCAUCGCCCUUCAAAGGCUGGGUAACCACUCAGUCGUUGACUGAUUGACACAACCAUAUACAGAUCCGCGUAGUAUGCGACUAAAUAGAUCGCUCCCAGCUGUGGCAGGGUGCUGGGACUUCCUGAUCGAAAUGGCCAUUUCAAAGAACGGACUUUUUCCGGCUUUAAUCGUUGGUAAAACAGGCUCAUCGAACGGUCCUUGCCAUACAUAGCGUUCUUUCAGACGAUUGAACUGUGUCUACAGUGUCAAACAGUUUAAAACUUGUUUGUCUGCUGUCACUCGUUCCGAUAAACGUCUUUCAGUUCCAUUCUAUGACAACAAACUUUGCAUUACCAUUUUUAGCUUCCCCGGUGAUACUUUUUAUGACGGAGGGCGAAUAGUUUAUUCUAUAAGGCACCUAAAAGACGUCGGCACCGCGGGACUCAUUCGUGAGGAGCCAGUUCCGGAUCCGACCAAUCAGGAUGAACUUUUCGUAAAGUACACCAUCAAGAGGGUGGGCGAAGUCAACUCAGGUGUCCUGGCCAGCUACGUGGCAAAUCCUAAUGCCUGCACUUUCAAUAUACCCCAGGUAGGUUUCGGCCGCCUAAAUCAGUUUAAGUUAAUGCGUUUCGCCCUCUAGGAUUCAAUCAACAUGCUGGAUUGCGCAAUCAAAUGGAUCAAUAGGAUGGGCUUCAUAAAUUUUGGCAGAACAGCAAGCUUCUGUCCACAGCCCUUCCAGGAGGUGAAGAGCAAACUCUUUGUCAUUCAUCGGGGUUUCUUUGCCAGUCUCAGACCCCAGUGGAAAGUGCGCCUGAACAUAGAUAUGGUAGGUCAAAGUAAUAAAAUGUGUCCAUUUACAUCCUACGACAUUCCCCCGUGGGGGUUCUGGAGGUAAAAAAAUAUGCAAAGGACGAAUACAUACGGUCAGAUAGUUCCCGGUUAGUUUAAGCAAGCAGAAUUGAUGGUGCCAGACGGGAUCCCUGGGAUAUGUCUAUUCACUGUUUGGUCUGCCGAAAAGUGGGGCUAAAUGUCCAUUUUCGAAACCUAGGAGCGUGCAGAAAGCCCAUGCAUUUUGUAGGACAACUAGAAUUGAUCGUUGUCAUACUCUGGACAUUUUCUCAUAUUAUACAUGAAUUACCUGCUGUAACUAUCUGAGGGGUGGGGUAGCGCCGAUCGUCAAUUGUCUUCCCCCGAAAUUACUCUAGCGCUUUUGAGAAAAUUGAACGAAAAGGGCACAAUAUGCGACUCAAAUUUGCACAUUACCUAUUGCUACCUACUGAUUCUUACGAAAGUAGCGUUGUUUAAUUAGGGCAUACAGGUUGCCUUUUUGUUGAAGAUAACAUAGAUUUAUGCUUAGCUGACUUUAUUCUGAGACACUUUCGUCAAAAUAUCACAUUUAACUUAUUUGUCGGUUGGUAUACGCGCUGAUUUGGCAUGCUUUACCUUUGCUGGCCGCCUUGGCGGUUUCCCUGUGUUCCGUUGUUCCGCCUCAUGAUGCCGUUUCGUUGGAUCAGCGUUCCCACUUUACUCUUACGGAGCUCACCAACGUCAUUGGUCCUUGGGUUUCUAUUGGCCAUUUCGCUGCUUUGAUCUCUGAACUUGGUGUCUUAUUGUGCAGACGUUAUAUUUCGCUUCCUUUGUUUUUUUGUCUUUAGUUUCGCUAGUAUUCAAUUUUCGGGGUCGUUUUCAGGGUCAUGCACGGAUCUAUUUAAACUUAUUUGCGGAAUUAGAGCAUUUUUCCAAAACUACAUCGUUUUUACCGCUCUCUUUCCCAUCCAUUUGUCCCACUUAUAUAACCCCUUCUUCCGCCGCUCCCGUAAGACAUGAUGACCUAUCCUCCGCAUUCUGGAUGGGGUCGCAUAUCGCAUCGUUGCCAAUUAACCUGCCGCCUCUUGUCAUGGCCAUCAUUUGGGAAUGUAGAGAUGUUGGGAAUUGCAGAUAGAAGUGAAGAGGAGAGUUCCACGAAACAAUUCGGCAGGAAGAAAUUCCAGGGGUGAAACUGACCGGAAGGCCGGCUAGUAAAUAAACCUCUUCUGGCGAUCCCUUGAUAAUUCUCAAUGAAGCCGUUUUGGUAAAUCAAAGGGUAGGACUGACUUAUAUGGCCUCCUGAACAGUACAUGAGAACAGGGACCGCAUGCAAGACGGGUGGCUUUGACCCAAAUUCCAGUGAAACUAGGGCCAGGUUUAAGGGAAGGGUUAGGGUUAAGUGAAGGAUUCAGUUUAAGGCUAGAUUUAAAGUUAACGGUAUCGCAAGCCAGGAUCACGUUUAGGGUUAAGGUAGGGACCAGUGUUAACUGCAGAAUUAAGGUUUAGCGUAGGGCUAGGGUCAAGAUAAGGGCAACAGUCCAGUUUUAUGUUUGGGUUAUUAUUAAAUUUAGGACACGGAAAUAUCUUGCCCUCUCCGAAAUUAUACGAAAUUAUAACUUGGACGGGGCGUACCUAUUCCCAUAUCCUGUUUAGGGUUCCAAAUAAGUCAGCUCUAUCGAUCUAAGAUGAAUGUCAAGAACUUGAAAACAAGUCCACUCCUUCUGACAUUUGAUUUUGCUUGUUGUUACAAUACCGACAUCGACACUUCUGUCGUACACAGGCCUUAGUGUGCCCAAAAUCCUCGUUUGUCUCACAAAGGUGACAACCAAGAACCUCUAACUGGCUGAAUGUGCCACUCAUAAACAGAACUUGUUUGGGUUAAUGUUCUAAAUAUCCUUCAAACAGCACUUUUUGAUUCUCGUAAACAACCUUUUGAUUAGGUUAUCUCCAAAGUGAAUGGAUAAGAACAUAUGACCAAUUAGUCACACACUCGAAAAAACGCGAUGUUAAUUUGCUUCUCAUACUUACGUUUCAUCCAAAUUAAUACUUCCACGCCAUAUUCAACUGGAUGUUUUGACAUGUCCUGAUACCUUCAUGCUGCUUACGAACUUACAGGUUCACAAGGCAUUCUUCCCUACCGGCAACUUGGCGGAUAUACUGCACAAUAAAUACGGUGAUAGUAUGUUUUCACCUGCGACGUGGAGAGCUAUGGCGCGUGACAUCGACCUCCUACGUGUUGAAGCCUCGCAUUACAAAAACGAACAAGGUAAUUCCCCUAUGCUCUUAAAUAAACGGGCAAAAUGUGGGUGAGUACACUACCUAGCCUUACAGGUUGGUUAUAAAGAGAUAGAAAUACACCCGGCUCUUCUAACUGAAGGCACCACGAGUAAGCGAAAGCAGGCUUUCUUUCAGAAAAACUACUCCAGUUUCACAAUUUGUGACGUUCUAAUUUUAAGGCAUAUAUCUUCGAUAUUGGUUUCGUCCUUUGCCAUGUAGGAAAAACAUAUUCACGGCGUUUCACCGUCUACGGUUUGUCACAAAACGCAGCAGAUUCGGAAAUUAUCGAUGCCAAGAAGGUUUCGGUAGCAGACUACUUCGCAGAGCGUUAUUCCAUCGAGUUGCAAUAUCCAAAAUUGCCCUGUGUACGGGUAGGUUACCCAUUCCCGAGUUCUUACCUUCUCCCGUUUCAUUCAGAUAAAGCCUAAGCAGAGCGAAUAUCUACCAAUGGAACUGCUUCGCGUACUGCCUUACCAACUUCCGAAGGCAGACAAAGCAGAUAUUGCAAGCGAGAUCAUACGCUGUUCAUCCGUUCGCCCGCAGGAUCGCUUCCACGAGCUGGACCGCUUCGUAAAGGACUUUGUUCGGAAGUGCGUGUGCUUAUUAGUUUUCCCUUUUCACCCGGUCCUUCUUUUAGACAACAUCGUCUGGCUAAGGAUUUGCAGUUGGAAGUGAACGCCGCCAAGCCUGUGGAUGUCCCGGCUCGCGUUCUGCCCCAACCGCAUGCCAUCUUCCACGGGCAAACUGCAUUGCUUGGACGUGGCAAGUGGAAUCCGGGUCCUUUCUAUCGGCCAGGUGGCGGUCAGACUCUGAAGUGGGCAAUCCUCUCGCUCCCCCCAGACAGGGUUGGUGUCCCUUCCAUUUGAAAUUGCUUGAUGCAGUAGCUACUACUGCUUGUGAUAUUAGUAAACAGCCGAGGAGUGUCAGCGGCGUUUUCUAACUGGUUCCAUGAAAGACUUAAGUUUUUUUUCAUUCAAGUAUUCCGAACCCUCGUGGCGGCCUUUUAAUCUACCUGCCCUGAAAGUCUUUUAAUAUUAGGAGGGAAUGACGACUGUAUACCUUUGGUAAAACUAAAAAUCAUCAUACACGAGGUCGUAAUUUGAGCGUAGAUUGACUGAUUAUCUGAAAAGAAACUCUUACGACAUAUCAAGACAAACAAUCUUAUUUUAUAAGACCACUCUAGCAUUGUUUUCUCGAAGGAGAACUUUGUAUUGGCAGCGAUUGGGUGAAGGACCACAAACACACGCGACCAGCCAAAGAUGCCCGCCUUACGGGGAAGGUGGUACCAGGGCUUUUAAGGGCGGGCCUAUGUAUGCAUAGAAGAAUGACAUAAUGAAUAAAGAUAAUUGGUAAAUUCGUUUUUCGGGCGAAAAGGUUUUAAUGUAUUGACAUAUACCAACCGAAAUUAAGCAGGACAAUUAAAGAAAUGAACAUUUAUAGUCUACAACGAGCGCUUAUCAACUCUCUGAGCUGAGUUCAGUGUAGAUAAUGCACCGGACGGUCUACAACAGACGACCCAUACUUGAACGAUGAAACACCAGACCGGAAUGGUCGUGUCGGACUAAAACCUAUUUAAACAAAUAUAGUAGACAUUUUGUGCAUGCUACAGAUGCUUGGGGUCCUUCUCCGGAUCUUUACCUUUGUAUUUAGUUUGACUGCAAUAGUCAGAAUUCUCAGUAAAAAACUGUUAUAGCUAUUUUUGCCUAAAUAGUUUGCGGCAUAGUGUACUGUCGUAAGUACUUUGCAGCUGCUAACUGACUGGAUAACUCGGUCCUUGUGGUCAGUAUAGUGUGCAUGUGGGGUAAAUGACUGGAGGACCUUGAUUGCACCCUCAUUGAUGUGAGAUCCGAGGGACCCCAUGAAGGACUGGCACAUGUUUUAUGGACCAGGUCGUGCGUGACACGCGUGGGCGGCUUGUUUAGCUCCGUCAGCUACUGUGUUGGAGUCCAUCCCCCGGUCCGCUUGACACUGUCUUGUCAUCGGCACACGGUCGAUGAGGAAGGAGUGAGUGCGAUAGAUGCUGAGCAACUUCGAUAUCCCCAUAAACUGACCCUCGCCGUACAUGUCAUCGAUGUUGCUCUCUUUCCGUGGAGAAUAUAAUGGGCGUCAUCGCUUGCGAAGGUCUGACUGUAACUGUACAGUUUAUACUCUUAUCGCAAAUAUAUAGCGCACAAGAUUUAUAAACAUGUUGCACCCAGAGAUUACAAUAUCAGGUUUCUUCUCCCGUGUAAGGGGUCCAUUGGAUAACCCGUCUGUAUAAAGCGACGGGAGGGCUCAGUCCUGAGUUGCUCGUGCAUUCGUGUACAAAGCAAACUUAAAUGCCAUCUACGUUAGGCUCUAUCUCCACACCCAACAUGUUCCAAUAGAAGGUAGAAGUUGGACCGGGGCGCACUGACUGACUGGACCCUGCCACGCCCACCCACAUUAGCCAGCCUUUAAUGAAGGGGUCUCGGACCUAACAAAAGUGCCUUUGAAGGGGCGUUCACCGAUCAGGUUGUGGGAUAUGCUCGUCCUGCUGCGUCUUGGGACUCAGUCUAGAGUCCUAGUUGACGGUCUCAUAGUGAUCAGUACUGAUGUAGGAAGGGAUACCGACAAGUGCAAUGAGGACUGAAAUGCCGAUGGAAGAAGAGAGACGAGUUCCAGGAGGCAGUUCGGAAGAAGGAAAUGUGAUCGCUGGAACAAGAGUUGGUUGGUCUGACGUUUCGGAUUCUCACUCAAACCCAUUGUCAGAGAUGGUCACAGAAAGGGGUAAUGUUGGUACACGGAGCGUAGUACUUAUAGGACACAGGCGACCACAUGCCUACUAUAAGUAGCGGUGUUCGCGUUCAUCACUGUGUCAGAUUUGAUGCGAUGAUUGCUUGUCGAUCCCUACCCAAGUCGUUCAAUACCGUGACUUCACCACCGUUCUUGAUUCUCGACAUGACAAUUACUCGGAGAUUUUGCUCGCUGUCACCGGAACUGUCGGUCGCCCACGCCCUCCGCCUAGACGAAACCGCAGCAUAGAAUACGGAGACGGAACGUCAGUACAGUUGUUAGUUGACUGCGGACCGGAGAUUCAUGACUGAAACAGCUCGCGGUUCAAUCGGUUGUUACCUCUUGCGAGAAUUUCGACCUUAUUAAACCUUAAGGUGUGGCGGGAUCCCGUCGAACGAGCCGCGAUCUGGGAGCUAGUGCCAUUUCUCCUCACUGCUGCCACAUCCUCGACCAUUCACGUUCGGAGUAAUUUCCUCAGUUUUUCCGACGUAGUUACUUUGCCCGCAAGUGCAUCAGAUCCAGCAAGGGACUCUGGAAGUUUACAGAGGUGGCAGUAUGCCUUUCGACUUCAUUAUCUGGUGCCUGAAGGUUGCCACUGGUCUGUGUGUAACCACAACUCCAAGUGUAUUGAGAAGAUGGCUGACGGCCUCUGAAACGUUCUUCACGUACAGAAGAACUCGCCAAAAUUUAGGGCCGGUUAGAUUUGUUCUGUGGUAUCGUUUGGGCACGCACCGGUUGACAAAGUUGCGCGGGUAGCCGUUAGCUCUCAGUACCGGUUGAAGAUUUCGUAAUUCAGCAAUCUUGUCUUCCGUUUCACUGCAAUGCGUCCCAGGGCGCCGGUAUAGCGCCCUUAUGCAACUGCGUUUGUGACUGAUCGGGUGGUUGCUGUUGAAGUUCAGUACUUGGGUCGUAUUUGUCGCUUUCCUAAACACUUUGGUUUUUAGGGCACCACAAUCUUUGUGGGAAACGAGGACAUACAGAAAGAGCAGUUGUUGGUUUACCCCUCCCCCUCCAUUUUAAACUGAAUGUCUGGGAAGACGGCGUUGAGACGCCCUAUGAAUGUCAGCACCUGAUCCUGUUCGAUGACGAAGAUAUUAUCCAUACACCGAGCCCAGGAUUUCGGUCUGUGGUGUCGGAAAACCAACGAGUUCAACCGUUGUAGGACCGCCUCGGCUAUGAGUCCCGAAAUUGGCGAACCAAUUGGCGUGCCCUUCACCUGCCCGUAUAUUUUUCCGUCGAACACAAAGUACGUAUUGAGACAGAACUGCAGGAAUUCAGGAUUUGGGCGUGUCCAAGGCGAUUCUCGGUUUCAUCGUAUUUGUCUCGUAGGAGUACUUCGAUGGUCUCGACUACUAGAUCCUGCGGAAUAGAAGUAAAAAGGGACGUGACAUCAAAAGAUACCAUGACGUUGCUUAGCAGGAGACUUAUCUCUUUAAGUUUCUCAAAGAAUUGGUGCUCAAAUCGAUGGUCAAAAGCUUUAGACGUCGAAGCACCCACUUUGCUAGUCCGUAGGUUGGAGCGCAUUUUACGGAUACGAUUGGACGGAGAGGAGCGCCCCCUUUGUGCUUUUUUGGGGGGCCGUAGAAUUGAACCAGGACCGUUUCUUACGCUUUUGCCAUUUGUCGAUCGGUCGGCAGUUGUGCACCUGUGCCCUCCACUGCCAAUAAUGUCGCACUGGUUUCGCGCGUCAACAUUUUUACAGGGUUGGAUUCGCAGGGGACAAAGAAACAGCGAUCUUCAGCAAGCCUUUGGCUUUCCGAAAUGAUUCAGUCCUGCCCAAUAUGGCAGCGGAACUCCCCUUGUCCACAGACACGACAAAGAGGUCUUUGUCGGCUUUUAGUUCCCUUAGUGCAUCACGUUCGACCUUAGGAAGCACUUCGCGCGGCCUAUGAGCCAUGAGGAGGGACGACGCUUGAUGUCGAAUGAGGAUAUUUGUUUCAUCUGGCGUCUUCGUCUGACUGGUGAUUGACUCCUUCGCUUGAGUCAUUCCGCCAGGUUUGACGUUAGCUGUGUUAUAUGAAGCUUAAUGUCUUAACUCCUACAUUUGUUCUUUUGUGAGUUUCUUUGACGACAGGUUGUGCACCAGCGCAAUCUUAGGUCAUAAAUACUUUCUUAGUAAUCGUCAAGUGAAUUAUUGGAAAAUAUUUUCAUGUGGUUAUGUCAGUGAGUGUAAAAUACCGCAUGAGUAUGAAAUCCGCGAUCGUUUGAAAACUAGUUAGGGCGUUGAACUUUUGUCAACGGGUCGCGGGGUAGGGUCUCGGGGUUGCCAAAACCUAGGGUUAGAUAUAGUCGGCGGAUGGCGACUACCAACCCAGCAAUAACCAUUCCAGUUUUUAUAGUCUUUAUUGACAGUGCUAUUCCGGUUUGCUAACAGGCGAUCAAAAAUAAGCCUAGAAAACUAUAUAAGCAGAUCAAUGUCUAUGCAUGAGGUUGCAAGGCUUCCCUGAUCUAUCAGUCAUGAGCAUUACAAGUCAGAAAGCUCCUCAUACGUGAGUACUGAUGUAACCGAACAUUCAUCUUUUGACACUUCCCGUCUAAUGUAAUUUUUUACAGUACUGUUUCUCAUACGGGGUCUUAGGUAGCACGCGUAAUGGCUGCUUAGUUUUGGUAAUUUUUUCCGAACCUACCGCUGUUUUUCAUAACUUAGUCAUCCCAUCGGAAAGCAUUGGGUUUUGGAAGAGAGAGAAAAAGAGAUAUAGCGAAAUUCCGCUUUAUUAUGAACAGAUACGUUCACAAGUCAUGGCCUAACCUACUUUGUUGGACAGUUGGGGACCUUGUAGACACGACAGUUAGACCGUCAUUGAAUGCUUAGUGUGCUGACGAAUAUUCUAGCCCGCACCUAUGUGCAUGCCCAAACUAAGCUGGAAGGCCGGUCUGUCUAAAUAUGCAUGUAUGUCGCAAUACAUUUAUCCCUUGUACCUUGCGAUAUCAUUAUUCUGAAGUACAGUGAGCGACCGAUUUCGUGAAAUAUAAGCCGAAAUUCUAAAAUACGUUUUCGAUUAAGAUGAAUUACUUAGGUGGGGUUGCAAGAUUGAUUAUAACACGACAUAAUCCCAUAAUAUUUCGGACUCGCCAGGAUGUUGGCUUUUUGGAUGCAAUUCUUUCUGACUUCCCGUAAAACCUGCGCUUGGUAAAAAAAUAACUACUUCAGUAGUAUGUAAUUUUCACAUUCAUUUACGAUGGUGUAACAAAUUAGAAUAUAUUUUAUAAAAACUAUAAACAAAAAUAUGCUUUAUUUCAUUCAUUUGUUAGUAAAUCACACUUUCGUUAUAUUUUGUAGUCAAAGAAAAGAUAGGUUUAGGCUUUGAAAAAGUUUUAUAGUCACCGAAUAGUUUUAAACCAGGCCAACCGUUACGCUAGCGUGUAGCGAUUUCAGUCUUUAAGGUGUAUGCUUUUCCGUAGAGAAAAUCAUAUACCCCCACACCUUUGAGAAGAUACCAUGCAAAGUGCAUAACAUUUUACGAUGGAUGUGUACUUGUUUUGUACUUAAUGAACAGCAUUAACAAAACGGAAAGCUACGAUGCCGUAUGAAUUGACACUGCACAGACUUGGAAAAUCUCGUAAUUUGAAACUUUUUAAAACCGGAAGGUGCAAUUUCUUCAGUAUAAAAUAUGAAAAAAGCGUAAUAUUCUACCAAACGAGUAAAAGAAAACAUAUUUCGCUUAUGUUUCUCAUAAAUUAUAUUUGCAUUUAUAAGGCUGGAGAAAAUUAGUGUGGAAAUUUCAUAUUACUAGUCAUUUUUGCCGAGCGCGGUUUCUACAGGAGAUCCAUAAGAAGAGCAUUCAGAGGCCAAAAUCCAGGCAAGUUCGAAAUUUUAUGGGAUUAUAUCACGUGACAAUCAGCAUUACAACCCAACCUAAAUAAUCCUUCUAAUCUAAGACGCAUUUCCGAGUUUCGGCGAACACUUUAUGAGAUAGGUCACUCACUGUAGGUAAUGAAACAAAUGCACAAGAACCGGGAUUCAGGGAGUUACUGUGGCCAUCUCUGAGGGCUUCGCCGCCUUAUCUUCAGUCAGGAGUUCAGGUUCUAAGGGUUCUUAACAGAAGUUAGUAAACUGCCGUAUUUGUUCAUUUCAAAGCACUAAUUUUGCAUGUCAUUGUUUGUCCCUUUAGUUAGCUCAAUCCGACAGCCGAAUGUUGCAGGAAGAGCUGCCAAGAAGUUCCGCAAGGUUUGGAUUGCACAUGGAGCAGAGUCCGCUCAUAAAGACUAUCACCUUGGCUCAACUUCGGUAUGCUUUCGAAGAAUUUCGGAAAAAGGUAAUUGACGGCAAACGAGUUCUAUUUUACUUGUUAACGCUCUUUAGAGGGCAUACUCUGUCUGAAAACUAAUUUGAAAUUUUAAGAUCUCUCAGUAUUCACACCCAAGUGGACAAUCCGGUUAAUACGGUGAUUUAUUUGUGUUCAGGGAGUCGAGUUGGCAGUUAUCAUUCUCUACGACAGCAGGUCGUACUCGACAAUAAAGCGACUCGGUGACCUAGAACUCGGGAUGAAGACGCAGUGUGUCAAGAAUACGACCCUGCGAAAGCCCAACGUCAUGAGUGAGCUUCCCUAACUGUCUGUUUUUUAACUCAAUGACUGUCCGCUAAUCUGGACCGUUUUGCCUUCCCUGAGGGAAUUCACUUGACAAAUCUUAUGCUUUUGAGGCUUAUAUUAUCAUCUUAAUCAAGAACAUGGCGAGGAUUUGACAUAUAGGGCAAUUGAGAAAAUAGAGCCCAGGGACUUCUGUAUUACUGGAAGGAUUUUGAUAUUAGUUUUUUUUCAGUAGGCAGACGGGUACGACAACUAACCGAAUCUGUAGAAAAUAUUGAAAAAACUCACAUUUCUGUCAUAUAUUUGCUUUAGUGCUCAAAUAAUGUACCAGAACAGAUCGCACAAAUUGACAGAUGACAGUUAGGGGCGUUUAAACGGCUUGAAACGGGUAAUACAAGAUUAUUUUUUAGAGGUCGGAUUGGGUAAGAUGGUAUGUGUCAGGCAAUCUUAACCCUAACCUCAAACUAAGUUCCUUUCCUAAUCCUUAUCUCUAAUCUAACCUGAACUUAAAAUAUAAGCUCAAUCCUCUUCUUAAGCUUAACCAGAAACGUAACCCUCAUAUAACCUAUCCAUAUAAAUGAAAUAAGAAGGCAUUUUAAAGUGACAAAGACAGUGGACUUUCGUAUUCUAUCGCCACCAAAAUGCUAUUUCGGUUUGUUGUAACGUUUGCCUACGAGAAAAGUUGGUUCACAGCGUGGUGAUUGAGAGUUUAGUGAUUUUAACAAUUGCUGUAAAGUAUCCAACGGGUCAGUGGCGAAAUGCAUUUUGCUGUAUCUCCAAAGCCAACCUGAUGCUGAAAAUCAAUGGCAAGUUGGGAGGCAUCAACUGGUCUGUGAAACAGCUGCAAGAAGAUUCCCUCCUGAUGGUCAUGGGUGCUGACGUAACACACCCUGCAGCAACGAAGGCGGACAGACUGCAGAAGUCGGUGGCGGCAGUUAUAGGAAGCCUUUCGCCUGAUCUGAUGCGUUAUGCGGCAGUCAUCCGCCAACAGGACACCCGAGAACGGGCAGACAAGGCGACACGCGAGUUGAUCGACAGCAUGGAUACCAUUGUCACGGAUCUACUCAAGGUACUUUUUUGCAAAUGAACAGCUACCAAGAGUCCGCAUAGAAACGCUAGAAACUGCAUGGAAGGGCUAAAAUGCGUAGGUUAAAGGUUGCAAAGGGGGAUUAGCUGAUUUAAAAAGGACGCGUUUAAAUACAAUUUAGUCGUGCACAGGAAUAGGGGCCUCUCGGUGUUAUAGGUGACCUUAUUUCUCUGUCCCGACUUUAACCCUAAACUUAACAUUAACCUCCAUGAGCCUAACCCUAGUCCUUUUAAUCCUAACUGUACCCCUAACUUUAACUCCUCCUUGGACUCAAGGGGAGGGAUAUCUGUAAUACGGGGUCCAUAUUUUCGUCAUGUAGUUAGUCGUGACAAUUUAGAAGCCUACUAGUACUACUAUUGACUAAUGUCAUUAAGAAAGCCAACGUACUUCACCUCGAUGUUACAGUUCGGCUGAAACAGACCUAAGUGUGAAUGACGCAAUUGUAUAUUUUUAGAAAUUUUCGUAAGUUAGGUCACAUUUUGUGGAUUUUAAAAGUUUUAUAGCGGUGAAUGUGUACCCCUUAACUGUUUAGUUUUCUGUCAACCUCAAGAUGUCUGCUGGCACUUUCUCAGGGAUGAAACCAAUAGUGUAAGCAACCAUAUGAAGAUGUGAAAGUUAACUUGAAAGACCAAAAAGAUGUUGUCAAUAUGCACGCGCGAUCGCAUGGUAGAUCACUUGCAACUCAAAGAACUUGCCAAGCUAUCCUGGUUUAUUUGCGAUAGUGAAUAAUUUGUUUGUCAAGGAGUGGUUAUCGGUUAUCCAGUCAGUCCCUAAUUGUACCGGCUACUAAGCGGCUACUGACGGACACGAGAAUAUAUACCCCCCAGAACUACAGGUGAGAUCGUGUUAAAUUCAAGGGAAUUUAUUCCCAUGACCUUACUUUGGCCCUAAUCGUUCUAAACCCAACCGCAAACACGAACACUUAUAAGCCUCACUCUCCUUAAUAUGUUCUUAAUCCCAGCCCUCCUAACCCUGGCAUUAACCCUAUUCCCGGCACUUAUCCUAACCCUAACAUUAACCCUAUCCACCCAGCAAUUUAGAGCAAGGCCACUUGAAAGAGAAGGAUCCAUGUUCCCAUGCCCAUCCUAAAAUUUAAUGGGACGUUUAGUAUUUUGCAAUUCUCGCAACGUUAUAAUUUGCUAUAAAAUAGGCAGAGGUAGUUUUCUCUGAAAAUGUGCAUUAAGUUAAAAAAAGUUAUUUUGCCUAGAAAAGACGCAUUAUGAUGGAUUGACUUUGGUGUAAAACAAACUACGGGAGUUAAUAAAACCGAAGAAUCAAUUCAAAUUCCGUUUGAAAAACGCCAAAGGCAUGAAUUUUUUUUAUCGAAAGAAAGGUGUUGCUGGACUUUUGAAUUACCAAGAUGGUCGUUCCACUGCGUUGUAAAAUAGCAACAAAAAUGAUUCUUAGAAUCAAUUGGACGUGAGGUUCGCCGAACUAUCUCGACUGAAGGAUGCCGGUAUUCCUUCUAUGCCACUACUGAUUACUUUGUACCUACUUGAGGGCGCUCUAGCUAAAGGCUUAAGGCCCAACGGGAUGAGCAGUCCGGUGACUCGGUCAUUGAACACCAAUCUUACGAUACUAAUCACCGAUCGCAACCGACUGGGCAACGGGCCUCUGACUCAGUGAUAUACCGUUUGACUUAACACUGAAUGACCAAAGAAUCGAUGCUCGCAUUCCAGGCCAUGCAAAGCUGGAGUUGGGUAAGGAUGGCUGGCGACAGCUAAUAAACCAGAAAUGUCCAUCCCAGUCUCCCUUGUUUUUGCUGGUGUAUACCUUCCUGUAUUAUUGCUGGUCGCUUUGUUAAUACCUACUAGGGCUCCGGAUUGAGCCCUAAGAUACAAAGGGAUGAAGACGUCCAGUAAGCUUAUCGGUGAACGCUCAUCCAACGAUAUGGAUGCUUCUGGAGCGCGGAUCUGCGAGACCACAGGCGGCCAUAUAGCUGAGGGCAACCAGCAGUUAAGACGUACUGCCGGCAAAAACAAGGAUGAUCAGAAUAGCCUUCUUCUCGCAUGUUCUUGGUAAUAAAUAGGCUAUACACUAUUCCCACAGGAACACCUGAGAUCCUAAACUAAGCAACGGUGAUCAUCAGGCAACUUACGCCAAAUGCUUUACCUACUGAGCCAUGGGUCCAGCUACUGUAAACAAAGAUCGGGGAUAUUCGGAUUUACAUGUAUGUUACGCCCAUUGGUCCAUCCUGAGCACAGAAAGGGAAGUUGUUUUGGCCAAAUGUAAACCCUGAUUGCAUUAAAAAACAGAUGUACUACGGUGGGAGGACGUUCGCUGUUGGAGCUACGGAACGUGGCCGUACAAUCACGCCUGGCAGCUCAGUCUAAAGUCCACGUGGGCAGUUGCGUGGCGACCAGUAGUAAAACGGAAGUAGUGCCGGUAAAGGCGAGGGAAACUGAAUUGACCAUAUCUAGCUUGCCAGCUGUCGCCAGUCGGCUGCAUCCAACCCAGGUCUGGGUGAUCCGGGAUUCGAACUCGGGUUCUUUGAUCAUUGCGAAUUGAAUGUUCAAACGCUCUACCAUUGAAUCAAGGCCCGCUGUCCUCUCGGUUGCGGCCGGGAAUACUAUGGUAGAAGGGCGCUCGCCGAUCAGAUUAUGGACGUGCUCGUCCCGUUGGGCGUUGGGGCUCUGUCUAGUGCCGACCAAAACACGGGAGACUGAGAUUUCCAAACGGCGAUUUCAACGACUAGAAUUUCAACAGAUGGUCCAGCGCAUUCUAGUGCAUCUAAGUCCCCCGAAAACAGAUUACAGAUAGUAGUUGUACGACAGUUUCUGCAUGAUGAACUGAGCACUGCACGUAUUAGUGCUAUCUGUACUGGAAAAAAGCAUGCAGUAUAACUGUUCGGCUGUACUAAAAAUAAAAUACAAUCGACCUCUCUGUCUGGUCCAUGGCUCCGUCCAUUUCGGCAUGCCCAAUUCUCGGGACAGGGACAUGUGUGGACAGGAUUAGAACACGUUAGGGCAGUCAAUUGGAUAUAGGGAAUUCAAAAAACUCCGGAAGGUAAACAUUCCGCGUAGAUAUCUCGUAGAAGACAUUUCGACUGCGGAUGCAAAUUUCUCAUAGUUUGUCUUACCGAAUGCGUUAACUAGCUAAAAGUCCAGACACGUGUUUCGACCAAUAUUCUACCGCUGCAUGACUGCUGCGAGGGGUUCAGCUCAUCUAUGAGGCCCCCAAUAAUCCCUGCGCGUCUUCUGGCAGAUACUUUUCAGUUUUCACAAGCGCGGAAUACUUACGCGUCUUUCAGUUAACCUAAUGAGGCUAGUUAGUGUUCAAAAAUUAACAUUCCGAGCUAACUAAAGUCUGAAAGCGUUUAUUUCCACUGACGGCACAUAGAUAAGACAAGUUGGAUUCUCUGACCAGCAUCAAUAACUGGUUUGAAAAAGUGACAGCUAUAGUUUUUUGAUUUUCUUUAAGUCGUGCACUGUCGUGUCGCAGGUCAUAUUGAGUUCACCCCCCUGAUAGGCUUUUGGGCAAUUCAACAAUAACCGACUUCCAACUCGAAUAAUUUUCUAUCGUGACGGUGUCUCGGAGGGUCAGUUUCAGUCCAUUCUGGUGUCCGAGCUGACUGCCAUACAACGGGCUUGCAGACUCCUGAGGCAGGAUUAUGAACCAGGCAUUACUUUCAUUGUCGUACAAAAGCGUCAUCAUGUGCGGUUUCAGCCCCUGGAUCCCAGGUAAGCGGCGUGUUUAUGCGUAAUAAACUGAAUUUUCACGUAGAAUGCGCAAUGUGGAGCCAGGAACCGUUGUUGACCAACAGGUGACGCAUCCGCGAGAGUUCGACUUCUAUCUCUGCUCUCAGGAAGGCAUACAGGUACCCCUUAUCAUCUCGGCCUAUGAUUGUUUUUUUUAUUUUUUGCCUUCUCUUAGAUCUGAGCCUUUGUCAGCUGGUGACACAGAACAGGAUAGGGUAAAGGCGAACGACCAGGUCUCUUAAACCACUAUCAGCCUAUGAAAUUCACCUCGUUUCACGACUUCAACUGCAUUGAAGUCGAGGCUGGGUUAAAAUUACUCGUUGUGGGUUGUCACCAGUGGUGUUUGGUUCGACCUUCCACGAAAAGUGCGCCUGCUGUAUUAGAUGAGGUUCAGCAUUAUCCGAGGUGGGCGGAGUGGAGACGUAAGCAUGCAGUUGCAUUAUGGGGAGAAAUAUUUAGUAUAGUAUAGUAUGUUUUAGAGUAGUAGGCAAUGCCCUUGAUGACCCUAUUGAAAACGGUGCGUACAAUAUAAAUGUUAAAUGCACAUCGUACUGAAAUUUUUCCAGUAACAUAUUAGUUUGUGGAAAAAGUGCUUACAGUGCUGGACUGCGAAGGGUGCGGCAGGCGGCCUUUUCCGUGUACAUAUAAAAUUUUAAGUGCACUUAUAUACAAUCAGCAUAAAAUACAGUCAGUUGCGUAGUUUCCGAGGGAAAAUCUCAUGAAAAGUCAGGGAUGCGUUACAUAGGGAUGAAAUCAGGAAAUAAAAUGUGCGUGCCACCGAGCUCACUUAUCCCACACCCAGCGACCCUGAUGAGAAAACUAUGACCACACGAGUAGGGGUGAGCUCGAUAGUAGUGGCCGUCUUGGUUAUGCCCCAUAUAUUCUGCUCCCUUGACCAAGACGGACCGGAUCUGACACGGACAUCCACUUUUGAGAGCAAUCUUAAAGCAUCGUAAGAGAAAAAAUGGCUGUAGUCGUACUCUUAAGUUUGAGAACUGAUUUACAGUACGUGACCGAUCUCAUGGAAUGCUGGCUGAAAUUCUCAAAUGCGUUUUUGCUUGGGAAGGAUUAAUUAGGUGGGAUUGUAUUAUUGCUCAUCAUGCGACAUAAUUCCAUAGUACUUCAGACUUGCCAGGAGGUCGGCCUUUGAAUGAACUUCUUUUCGACCUCAUUCAUAAACCGCACUCAGUAAAAUGUGGCUGCUUAAGUAACAUGCAUUUUUUCUAUUGAUUUCCGAUGGUCUCGUAAAUUCAAAUAUAUUUUACAGAAACCAUGUGCAAAAUAGGCCCUCUUUUACUCGUUUGGAAGAAAAUAGCAAUAUCCUUGCAUUUAGUACUCAAAGAAAUGGUAUCUUUCGGUUUUAAGAACGUUUCUAAUUAUGAAGUUCUAAGACCGUGCGAUGUCCAUACACACAGCAUCGCACAUGCCCGUUUAGCCGUGCUUCUCAUGAAACGUACAAUACAGUCAGCAUCCAUUACAAAAUUUUAAUAACCUUUACAUGCUAUCUUCUUAAAAUCAUAGAGGAAUAUAUGAUUUUCUAUACGUUGAUUGCAUGUACCUUGUGGACUGCAACCGCUAAACGCUAAAACAACGGCUGAUCUGACUCAAAAUUAUGUGGAAAUCGGGAACCUUUUUCAAAACCAAAAAUGCGCUUUCUUCGGGUAUAAAAUGUGAAACUAAUGUUAUUUUCUUCCAAACGGGUAAAAGAAAGUCUAUUUUGCGCAUGAUUUCUGUAAAAUAUAUUUGAAUUUACAAGAUCAUCGAAAAUCGAUACGAAAAAUGCAUGCUAUUUAAGUAGUCAUUUUUACCGAGUGUAGUUUCUGCAGGAGGUCGGGAAGUAGUGCAUUCAAAGGCCGACAUCCUAGCAGGUCUGAAGUACUAUAGAAUUAUGCCGCAUGAUGAGCAAUAAUACAGUCCCACCUAAGUAAUCCUUCCCAAUCAAAAACGCAUUCGAGAAUUUCAGUCCGCAUUUCAUGAGAUCGGUCAUGCACCGUAUUUCGCCCGGUGAUAACCGUCAAAUUGACGACAUCUAAGGCGUCUGGAUUGGCCUACAAAGAAAAAGUGGAGCAGGAUCGGUUUCAUCCUCUUCUCCCAGCCAUUGCUUGUGAGUCGCAGGACCAGUGUAAGCUGACUGGAGAUGAGACUGGAUCAAAUGGUUGAUAAGGCAUUGUGCGCCGUCUCUUGUGAGUGAGAGGUGUCGAUUCAUCAGCUGGCGCAGAACAGACUUCUAGGCAAAAUAAUUUGCUCCUUUUACGUCUGACGUAACAGCGCCGCACACGUUCGGGCCACUACGUCGCCAGUUCUGCUCCUAUAUCCGCAUCUACAGUUGCCUUUUAGUCGUUGAAUCCUGUGUCAGCCUUCGCAGCCUACCGGAGUCGACAGUAGGGGGGGAGAGACUCCUUCACAUUUAGAGGGGAGACUUUGAGGUUAAGGGUCUGCUCCAUCUAGAGGGUUGUCACAGAGCAACUACCUAAUUGCCUUUAGGACUUCUUUCUUCUGGGGCUUCAAUUGGUUGUAUUAACACUUCCCCUGGUUUCUGGUUCGCGUAUCUUUUCAGUAAGCCGACGUGGGCAUCAGCUAGUUCAAAGAAGCUCUGGGGAUAGACUGAACUCAGAAUUCUCUGCAGGCAGUGUAUUUCAUUGUAAUUUCAAUCAUAGACGGAACGUAUGUGCAUAGACCUAAGAAAAUAAAGUUCCGAAAGCCCUAACUUGCUUGUAGAGGUGGUCACUGUUAAGUUAUUUACUUUGUCAUUGGCAUUUGUCGGCGACUUCCCUACUGCUUACCCUUAGCCUUUCUCAUAUAGUCAUUUUUUGGACACACGUGUGGGUGCAUUUUGUGAUCCAUACGCAAGUUCCUGGAGAGUUCAGACUAGACACUUUAACUAAGUCAACUAAUAGCAUCAUUAAAAAAAGUCUUGAAAAAGAUUCAUCGGAAGACAAACUCUCUUUAUUACCAGCUUUUUGGUGUAGAAUAAGAUGUACCCUAAAUAUAACAUUUUCCGAACCCAUGACAGCCAAAAAUUCUCCAAAAUCAACUUUUAUAAUUUAUUUCCUAUGUGUUUAUUUGUUCCCCUAACAGCUUUUGUCAUAUUAGUACUAGAAGAAGUAGGACCGUUUGACCACUUCUCUGGCCCAAAAUAGAAACCUAACUUGAAACACUUUUUCAGGGUACCACAAAGCCAGCGCACUACCAUGUCCUCUAUGAUGACAACAACUGGAGCUCGGACGCUCUUCAGUGUUUCACCUACUAUCUCUGCCACGCCUAUAUGCGCUGUUGUCGCAGCGUCUCAUAUCCGGCCCCCACAUUCUAUUCGCACCUUGCCGCUUUUCGGGCUCGUGACUGGCUGAAGGAUACGCCGAGACCUGAGGAGAUUCUGCAAAAUAACAAAUUUCGACUGAAUCCAAGCCAGCAAAAUGCCAUGUUCUUUCUUUAG